GCAAAAGACGCAAGGAGGAGAGAGACACGGAGACUCAGGUGGGCGCUCCGGGGACGGUGGUGAUGGGACUCGGACUGGGGCGAAGGGCGAGGGGCGGCGAAGGGCCGGGAGAGGGGGCGCAGGUACCCCUCCUGAAUCUCCCGGUCGCCGUCGAGAGGGAGCUAUGGCGUGCGGGGAGAGGAGAAGGCGCGAAGGAAGCCUGCUGGUCCCCUUUUCCUCCUCUCCUUUCCGUGCGUAAAGGCUGAGCCCACCGGGUUCCAAGCUGGGAAGUGGGAGCCAUAGUUUUCUAACUUGGAUGAAAUGGAAAACUUUGGUUAUUUGAUUUCUGGUUUAAUUACAGCUUGGGGAAAGGGCUGUGUAGUUGGGCAAAAGGUUUGUUAAGGAUCAUCAGAACUGGCAGCAAAAAAGUGCUGUGUAUGUGUGAUUUAUCCCACCAAACUGAGAUGUCACCUUAAACACAAGGGCUGCAAGUGGCGAAAUCUUAUCCUUAUGGAAGAUUUUAAAGGAACAAAGAUCGGGUCAGAUAACAUUUCCUGCAAUUUUAACUUCCAUUAAUAAUCAACCAAAACAAAUCUUUUGAAAGAUACAAGUUUAAGGCAGCUUUUUAACCAUACAUCCUGAGAUGUAUACAAGUCCCAUCAUUCCUACCUAGGAAGACCUGUGGUCAAAGAUGAUGGGAAUUGUAGUUCGACAACAUCUGGGGACCCAACCAAGAUUGAGAGAGGCUGGUUCAGAGAGUGAAGGGAACAGUUUGUGGUUUUGAACAAACCCUAUCCUCUACUUUCACAACUUUCAUCAGUCUGAAGUGGUGUAUUUAGAAAUGUUUUCUGGCAGCCAGGAGGCCUAGGGACUUAUUUUGUAAAAGAAAGUUUGAGAGAGCACUGAGGUUCUUAGAAUGAUUAUAAUUAUACAUCAUAUAAUAAAGAAUGAUAAGUGCAUGGUCAUAAAAAGCUGAGGUACUUCAUAAGAGUAAGUUUUCUCCUCUACAGUGCGUUAUCCUGACACCAUGGCGGGUGAAGAAAAUAUCUCCGUAAGGAAUCGCCGAUCAACUUAUGAGACUGCAGAAGAGAAAGAAGACGUGUCAAAGAGGCAUGAAGCAGACUGGUCUUUCCCACAAUCAAGCAAUGGUGAGAUUUCUUCAUCAGUAACUGCAGAGAUAUUAUCUGAUUUAGCAGAUGAAAUGAUAAGCAGUGAAAUGAUUUUAAAUCUGCAUGUGAACAAAAGAUCUGAAGUAAAUAUGAAUCCAAUUGUUUCCAGUGUUCACCAUGUUCAGUGGGUUUACUCUGAAUCAAACUUUGUUGACUACAACCCAGUGCAUGUAUCUUGGUGGUGUAGUUCAACGUGGUACUCAGCCAGUUCUGAGCGUGUUUGCCUUUUGCUAAUAACUUGACCUUAGCACUGUAUUUGUUCCCUGACUAGUGCCAAAUUUGUGAAGCCAGCGGAGGGGAUUCUUCUAGAGAACUUUUAUGACCUGACUAGGAAACGUAUCUAUACCUAAAUUAUCCGUGUUGUAGUUUUUGUUUCAACAGCUACCAUAUAUUUGCCUCAAAAUAUGAAUACUGGCAUUCAUUGCUAAGCUUGUUUACUCAGAUUCAAGCUGGGUGUGAAACUGCCUUCUACUGAGUUGGACCAGCAGUUCAUCUCACUCAGUACUGCUUCCUCUUGACAGGCAGUUGCUCUUCAGACCACGUUAUUGUGGUCGGGUGGGAUUCCACCAAGUCUUUGUGCGUGCAGAAUGAGGUCCACUCGCCCAACCACCCUUUCCCUGCCCGCGGGUUGCCAAUCCCUGGUGUAGAUGCAAUUAUGAGAUUUCUUUAUCAGUAACUGCAGAAAUCCUAUCUGAAUAAAUAUAAGAUUUUAUCAGUGGAUUUACUUUGAAUAUGCAAAUGAACAAAAGUUCUGAAGUACAGUAAAUACGAAUUCUUCCUCAGGUCUUAAAUAAUGGAUUGUUUCCAGUGUUCACCAUGUCCAAUGGGUCUACUAUGAGUAAAACUUUGUUACAACCCAAUACAUGUAUUUUGGCUUUCCAAUCUUUUUGGAUCUGUUGGCACAUCUGUAAAGUGGAUUGAUUGUUGUGUUGCUACACACACCCUACGCCAAAUCACAUCUUGUAAACUAUCUUUGUCUUGCAUGACAAAGCACAUCUUGCAAACUAUUUUAUCAUUUAUGAUAGGAAAAAAUGCUGCUUUCAAGCCAGGUUUUAGUGUGUGGGUUGUGUUUCAAGCUGCUCUUGUUCUCUAUCCUCACAGCACUCAACAUUGUAAGCUCAGUCCUGUUUGAAAGCUCUGAAUCUGUCUUCAGGGAGCAGGACCUUUGGGAGGCUGAGCGAUGGCCCUAAUUGUGGUCUGUCAAUUUGAAAAUAAAACACAUUUAAAAGGGGUAUAGGGUGUUGAUUCUCAUCCCAGGCUUCCCCAGCUGACUCCUCUGCAUCUCCUUACUUCAUUCUCUGGACUGCUUUUGCUCCUAUAAAUUUCUGUGCUGCAUGUGAAGCCUGCGCAGUGUCCUACUUCUGGUGGGCUAUGUGUACAGAUGUGCAUUGUUGCACUAUGACAGCCUUCACUAACCUUGUGCCUUCCAGGUGCUUGGAUGGGGGGUUGUGGUCCAAAACCUGUCAUGGCACCAGGUUGGCGAAGGCUGUAGCAUCAGAAGGAAAUGUUGCCAGCGAUGGGAUGCUGAAACCACAGGAGGAAGAAACAUGUGCCUACUCCACAAUUUAACCAGUGCCCUAUAUACAUCUCACACAGUUCAUUCCCAUCUUCAAUCACAUAUAUAAUUUCUUACAUUUUUUAUCAUCUCCUCAGCAUCAUGUUCCACCAACUUUGUGUCAGAGACUGGUCAGAGGAGGGUGUUGGAGACCGCCUCUCUAGCUUGACCCUUCCGGGGAGGAGGAAGAGGAAGACAGUAUAGAUUUACAACAGGGGUUUGGUCACAGCUCAGAGGCAGAUGAGGGGGAAAGCUGGGAAAUCAUGGGAGAGACAGAACAACACUCAGCUGACAGGUUGUUAUUAGAAAGCAUCCCAGACCUUCCAUCUCCCAGAACCCGGUGAGCCUUAAAAGUAGGAGAGCAAAGAGCUCAAAGACAGAGGGCACAUAGCAGCACCUGUAGGAGAGACAAUGAGAAUGGUGAAUGAGGAAGUGGGAGAGACGAUGGGUGGGGUGGAGAUUCACUCGGGACAGUGCCAUUAUCCAAGAGGCUGGGUGCUAUAGCCUCUCUCUGUAAAUACUGAAUAAAAAGUGGACAGUAAGAAACAUUCCCUUGUCUUUACACAUUCCUGGGCAAGCAGCUUGACACCUUGCUCAGAAAACUGAUAUCAUUCCUCAUAGACUUUUCUCUUAAGUACUCCUUUGUAUCAUUACUACUUCGUUCACAAAUUCCUUGGCUUGAUGUCCUAAACAAAAUAGACUUGAAAGACUCCACGUUAGGUCUUGAAAGGCAGUGUAAAGGGGAGCGGGGAAUACCCAUCAAUGCAAAUUCCAAAAUAAUUGUUUAUGGAAUCCCAUUUUGGGACAUAUUGAGUUUGUCAUGCGUAAUGAACCCUCUUAUCUCCAUGUAUCUUAUCUCCAGUUAUAAAGAUCGUUAGGAGAGGUGCUUCUUGAGGUUCCACAGCGCAUUGUGUAGUAACAGUGGGACACAUAUAGUCCUUUCCCUUUGGUGCCAACUUAAAAUUGUUUCCCCUGGCAUUUACAUGAUGUAAAUUCUGGAAUUGCCCACAUUUUAAAAGGUUUUUCAUAUCUCCUCUCAGUCUCCUCUUCUCCAGGCUAAACAUACCCAGCUCCCUCAACCGUUCCUCAUAAGGCUUGGUUUCCAGACCCUCAAUCAUCUUGGUUGCCCUCCUCUGUACGCUUGGAUAAACUCAGGAUUAAAUUGAUAAAAAGCAACCAGUGCAUUCCAUCAGGAUUUCUUGUUGGUUAUGAAGUUUAAAAAACUUUAGCAAUGUUAUUAACUCAGGUCACAUGGCCACUCUUUUCUUGAGUAAAAAAAAGCCUUUGAGCCUUUGAUGUGAAUAUACCCGUUUAAGUGUUCACACCAGCAGCAACCACCCUCAAGCUUCCCUCCAUGGGUGGGGAAGCAAUUAAUCACCUCCUCCCACCCCCAUGUUGCUGUUGCAAUCUGUUUAACAGCUCCCUGCCUGGUUUUCCUAAAAUUCCUCCCCACAAGAGUCUGGAAGGUUGUCAUGCACUUCUGCCUCCUUCUCUGCCUUCUCCUCAGUUGGUAACGUACAAGACUCUUAAUCUCAGGGUUGUGGGUUUGAGCCCCAUGCUGAGCAAAAGAUUCCUGCCUGCAUUGUAGGAGGCUGGACUAGAUGACCCUUGUGGUCCCUUCCAACUCUGCAAUUCUAUGAUUCCCCUGUAAUUUUAGUACUGUAUAGCAACAAUAGGCUACAUUGCAGGGCGGUAGUAGCCCAUGCUUCCUCAGGCACAGUACUCCCUCUGCAACAUGGAUAUUGCUUGUGUGAUAAAGUUCUUUCCAGCACUUGCCAGUUACAGCUCUGACUUCACUCAUUGGCUAAAAUCACUAAAAUGUAGGAGCAGGCUCAAAUCUCCCAAAACAAUUUCUUUGAAUGGUGUCUGUGUGCUUUGCUUUAAAGCUUACAUUCUACAAGGGCUAAAGGGCUUGCAGUGUGUGUGUGUGUGUGUGUGUGUGUGUGUGUGCUGAUGUCUCUGCAUGAUACCUUCCAACUGGGCAAUUAGCUGUUGGAGAGGAGAAGCCCUUGCUGGCAGUGACUGCCCAAAGGUUCUUGCCAAGGUACGUGACUUUUUAGAGCCUUCUGUCACAGAAGGAUGACGUGUAGUUGCUCCCAUCUUGUUUGUAUGGAUUAAAAUCACUGCAGAGGGCUCUGAGGGUGAGAGGCAUAGCUGGCAGGGAUGCAGAACCACUUGUCCUCAUAUUGUUGGACUCCCAACUCCCAGGAUGGCUAGUGGUCAGGGAGCUGGAUACCAUCUUAACAGAGAUGCCUAAGAAAGAUAAAAUCAUCCUCCUGGGUGAUUUUAAUGCAAGAGUUGAGUGAGAUUUUGAUCUGUGGCCCGGAAAUAUUGGGAAAGAAGGAAUUGGCAACAGCAACCAGAACGGAAUCCUACUUUUAACUCUUAAGACCCUAUUCAUGGAAGACGCCUCUCAAAAGUAGGUGAUGAUACAAAAAGAUAUAAGAUGCAUCUAGGUACAGUGGUACCUCUGGUUACGAACUUCAUUUGUUCCAGAGGACCGUUCUUAACUUGAAACCGUUCUUAACCUGAGGUACCACUUUUACUAAUGGGUCCUCCUGCUGCUGCUGCUGCACUGCUGCCGUGCGAUUUCUGUUCUCAUCCUGGGGCAAAGUUCUUAAGCUGAGGUACUACUUCCGGGUUAGCAGAGUCUGUAACCCGAAGUGUUUGUAACCUGAGGUACCACUGUAUUCCAUGCCUACAGCAAGGAGAAAUUGCACUUGCAUCUUCGUUCCAGGUGAGUGUCCCUGAUGCAGCCCUCUUGAGCUUGGAGAUAGAGGGAUAUGUAGAAAUGAGCUUUCAUAGGCGUAUGGUGCUUGGAGUGUCUUGUAUGCACAGUGGAACAUAAAUAAGCAGCCUCUUUCCCCCUGCCUCUUGGAACUAUGCUCAUCAGAAACUGUUGAAGAGGGAGGCAUCAUGUGCGCACAUUUCUGGCACGUCUUCCCUGUUACAAGUGUGUUAACAGUGGCUACCCAUCCUGUUUGCACAUGUCUGCAGAGCUUGUUGCAACAAUUAAUUAAUAUUUGUUAAUAAUAAUUAAGACCUACCUUUGGCAAUGUAUGUGAUGUAGCAAUAAAUGAUCUUCAAAGAUGUUUGUCACAGUGCCAAUGAUACAGUACGUUUUGUGGAGGACUUGGAACUAAUUGCUGAGGCCACUGCAUUUCUGACUGUUGUGAAAGACGACCUUCAAUACCCAGAGAAGAGUUUGAAUUUGAUAUCCCGCUUUAUCACUACCCUAAAGAGUCUCAAAGCGGCUAACACUCUCCUUUCCCUUCCUCCCCCACAACAAACACUCUGUGAGGUGAGUGGGGCUGAGAGACUUCAGAGAAGUGUGACUAGCCCAAGGUCACCCAGCAGCUGCAUGUGGAGGAGCGGGGAAUUGAAAUUAUAGAAUAAUUUUUAUUAAGAAUUUCAGCAUAACAAUUUAUCAAAGACAUAUCAUCCUAAUUUCCCCCCUAAUUUCCCCUCCCCAGGAAAAACCCACCCUCCCACCCCCGCCCGGACUUCCCUCAGCUCCUCUCUCUGGUUUUUCAGCACAUGUUAUUCUCUGCAUAUUAUAAAAUUGUAAAGAUCCUUAACUUAUCUGUCUAUAUGUUACCAAUAAUAAAUUUGUGUUUGUUUAUUCAAAACCUGCCAAGGAGUCCAGUUCAUUUUGUUGUUUCUUUAAGUACUUUGUAAAAGGUUCCCAUUCUUCUUUAAAGUCACAGUUGUCCUUAUCAUGCAGUUUGUGUGGCAAUUCCGCCAGUUCCACAUAGUCUAUCAAUUUCCCUUGCCACAGUUCUUUUGUCAGGAUUUCUUCAUUCUUCCAUCCUUGUGUUAUUAAGACUCUUGCCACCAUUGUCGCAUACAUGAAUAUGUUCUUCAAUUUCCUUGGCAGGUCUUUUCCUACAAUCCCUAACAAAAAUGCUUCAGGCUUUUUUACAAAUGUUAAUUGGAACAUUUUCCUCAAUUCAUUGUAUAUCAUUUCCCAAUUUUUUAAAAAAAAUCGCUACAAUCCUACCACAUAUGAUAAAAAGUCCCUUGUUUUUUCUUACAUUUCCAACAUAUAUUUGAGCCAGUUUUGUACAUUCUUGCUAUCUGUACUGGUGUUAUAUACCAUCUAUACAUCAUUUUCAUAUACAGUGGUAUCUCGGGUUAAGUACCUAAUUCGUACUGGAGGACUGUUCUUAACUUGAAACUGUUCUUAACCUGAAGCACCACUUUAGCUAAUGGGGCCUCUUGCUGCUGCUGUGCCGCCGGAGCACGCUUUCUGUUCUCAUCCUGAAGCAAAGUUCUUAACCUGAUGUACUAUUUCUGGGUUAGCGGAGUCUGUAACCUGAAGCGUAUGUAACCUGAAGCGUAUGUAACCCGAGGUACCACUGUAGCUUUCUUUCAGUAAAGAACAGUCUGUAAAUUUUAAAUCAAUUUUCCACAAUCUUUCCCAAUCUUCAAACAUUAUGUUAUGGCCUAUAUCUUGUGUCCAUUUAAUCAUGACUGAUUUCACCUCCUCAUCAUUUGUUUCCCAUUCUAGCAGAAUCCUAUAUGCGCCUUUCAGCAACUUUACUUUCCCUUCCACAACUUCCUUCUGAAAUCUAGAUGUUGUAUAACUAAAUCCUUUCUUGUUAUCUUCUCUGUAUAUCUCAUGUAGUUGCCAAUAAUGUAACCAACUCUGAAAAUGAUCUCUUAAUUUCCAUUUUCCUUCUUGAUCCUUUAACAAGUCAGCAUACGUAAGCCACUUUCCUUUCUUUUCAAGUGGUUUAAGCUGUAAAGCUUCAUGUGGUGAAAGCCACCAAGGAGUCUUCUGUUCUAAUAAAUCUUUAUAUCUCUCCCAUACUCUCAUUAGUGAUUUCCUAAUUAUGUGCUUAUAAAAACUUUUAUGUACUUUCCCUUUCCCAUGCCAUAGAUAUGCGUGCCAACCAAAUCUAUUGUCAUGUCCUUCCAGUUCUAAUGCUUCUUGCUUUUCCAACUUCAUCCAGUCCCUAAUCCAUACCAAACAUGCAGCUUCAUAAUAUAAUUUAAAGUCUGGGAGGGCAAAGCCGCCUCUAUCUUUUCAGCCUGUAGAAUAAGAUUUGCCCAUUAGGGGUCCAAUGUGGCUUGCAAGGCCAUUUCUGGAUUCAGGAAGGGCUUUGCAUGAAAACUCCCUGCUUUGUUUUAGCAAGGGAUUCCAAUGCAAACCCCUUCCUGAUUUAGGAGAUGGUUGGCACUGGAAUCUUACUGAAAGGAAGGGCAUUCAAACAACUCAGUGCUACCCUUUGAACCUCCAAAAUCUGGAAGUUUUUGAAAGAAAUGAGACAGUUUUCAAACAGCCCAGUAUGAACAUGUAUGAACCUUUGGUUUGCAAAGCUCAUCACUGUGGUUUGAGGUUCUGGAAUCACUUUCUGAAAGCAAAGCUUCACCUGAAAUGAUAGCAAUGACAGGUGGUGAGCGUUAGGUGUAAUGAGCAGUAACCAAGCCCAUCUUUUCAUCUGUAUUUAAUGAAUCUUGUGAUGCCAUAACCAGGGAUUUAACAACCGGUAAGUACAGUAUGCUCCAGGGAUGGUGUUUUUGAUUUUUCAAAAAGGCAUGCUAUCAGAGGACUCAGUUAGACUGAUAGAGAAAAAGCAAUUUAUAUGUGUUGUAUGUGCAAUGUAACAUUUUGCCACCAGAUGACGACGUGGAGUCCUGUUUUUCUCUACCUGUUUUAAAUUUACAAUGCUUUAAACUAAAAUGCUUCUUUGAUGUGUCUACAUCCAGCCAGAGUUUAGUGAUCUAGUGUAUUUUUGUUGUUUACUUGAUAUUUACUGUUUGAUGAUUGGGGUCCCACACUUGGAGGAGAAAACAGUUUAUUGUGGGGUGCAAGAAGCUCAGACCACACCCAAACAUGUGAAAGGAAACAGUUAUAGCUUCACAGAACACAGAAAGAUUCAAUACCUCCAAUUAUAGCAUUCUAGUAUACGUGACCUUUAUAAGGCACCAAUCAUGCCAACUCCUGAGGGAUGCACAUUGUGAUCAACAUGCUCUUGCGUUAUCAACUUGUAGGCAGCUGCACUUUGAUACUCCUUAUUUUGUCAUACAUUGCUUAAGCAAGCAUUGCCCAAGUUGUCAUCCUAGUUUCCAGUAAUAUAGCAAGCCCAAUAGUUCACAUAGCAAGUUCUUCACUUAUCAAGCUGGUGGUUUAAGCAGAAUCUCAGGCAUUCCUGGCACAUUCCUACACACUUACUUAGAGCUCAGCAAAACCAAGCUAAAGGGGAUUUCAUCAAUAAAAAGGAUUUUUAUUUUUCAUUGAUUAAUAUGAAUGUUCCCUUCCCUAGUUUGGCUGGAAUUUUGUUCAAGAUAUGCCCAAAUACAAUUGCUGAAUGAUUGUUUAAUGAGAGGAAUGUCAAGAAGAACCAUCUAACUGCAAUUCUGCAGAAACAAAUUUGUUUUUGUUUUCAGAAAAACUUAUUUCUAUGCAUUGUACACUCGUUUUGUCACAGUUGAAUAUCUUGUGUGCACCGUCUCUGCCGUCUUGCUCUCACUUGGCUGGUGAACUGGUGCCUGGGCUGUACCACUUGAGGGUGCAGGGGGCAAGCGGUGCAUGGAUGGUUGAAUCAUGCAGAUGUCCGGCAGAUGGCCAAGCUAGAAUCCUUCUCCCUAGCACCUCCUUUUUUUAGUAUUUGGGUAAAGGGACCCCUGACCAUUAAGUCCAGUCUUGACCGACUCUGGGGUUGCGGCGCUCAUCUUGCUGUAUUGGCCGAGGGAGCCGGCGUACAGCUUCCGGGUCCUGUGGCCAGCAUGACUAAGCCGCUUCUGGCGAACCAGAGCAGCGCACGGAAACGCCGUUUACCUUCCCGCCAGAGCGGUACCUAUUUAUCUACUUGCACUUUGACUGCUUUCAAACGGCUAGGUUGGCAGGAAGUAUUUGGGUAGAUAAGUUUAAAUGAUCUGCCCCAAUUAACUAUGGUUUUAAUGCACUCUAGGAAGCGAAGCCUUGGAAAUUGGAAUAGGUUGUUUUUCCUUUUGGUCAGUAGCGGACAACUAAUACAGGUACCUCUGGGUAGGGGAAUAAGUGAAAUUUUGAGGGCUAGUAACAUUUGUGGACUUAUUUGCAGCACUGAUAUUAAAAUACUUUAAAUUUCCAGUUUGCAUGCUUUUCCUGUUUGCCUUUCAUACUUGCAGACAACAUUUAUUUAUUGAUUGAUUGAUUGAUUGUAUUUAUCAUUGAAAAUACAGCAACGGUUUGUUUUUUCCCUCUUAGGUCAUGUUGACGUUGACCAUUCGGUCACUCGAAAGAUGCAGCUUUUGGUGGAGGCUGAGGUAAACUUAUCUGAAUUGUAGUUAAUAUGAGUUAACAAGGAGGAAUCCCUAGACAGCAAAAGAAACCUCCCAUUUGUGACAGAUCUAUGCAUAGAAUGGGCCUGUUAGAAAUCCUAAAUCUGGUAAAUUGGGAGUCACUGAAACUGGGGCUGCUGAAAGAUUUCCUCAAAUGCAAAAAUUAUAAACAAUGCUCACUUUCCUGUGAGCUCUUAUAAACUGGAGAACUAUCUAAUCAUGCUUCCUCAGAAAAUCAAAACUAGGGCUUCUGACAUUUUAUUUUAUUUGAACCAUUACAGUCCUUUGUACUUUUAUUAUCCCCAACCCUUCAAAUGUUCAUGCUUUUCUCUGAUGCCGUAGAAACCUUCAGCUGCUGUUGUAGGGCACAGGAGGCGGCUAGGCUGCUUUCCUCCUCUAGUCUGUUAGCAAGUGGGAUGCUUAAGGAAUUCAUUCUUUGUGAAUUCCAGUAUGAAUAACCUGAUUUGGUUUGAUCCCCGGAGGCACACUCCAUUGUCUCUUGAGACAGAUGGAUGCCAACAAUAACAACCUGAUCUGCACCUCCUGGCCAGAUUGAAACUUAAACCAUUCACCCACUUCCACCUUUCUCAAAUAUUCCAGCUCUUCGCUAAGAAAGCAUAUCAAAAUGCAUUUAGAAAUGUGUGUUUAAUUGCAUUAAAAGAAAAGGCAGGACAAAAGAGAAUUGUGAGUGCAUGAGAAAGCAGAUAAGUUCUCUGAUAUUUGCUGUUGUAUGUGAAAAAUAAAAGUCUUUUAUUUUAAGAAGACUGGCUAUCCAUCUCACAGACUGGCUAUCCAUCACUAGCCAAAGCAUUGCCGCUCAUAUUUAGUGCAGCUAGAGCCACAAUAGCUGCAUAUCCAUGUUUUGGUAAACUGGGACUGGAAGGCUGUGGGAUUAGGCUGUUCCGGCAUGCUACUGCUUUGGACUGUAGGGAAGAUUCACAUGUGGCUCUGGAACUAUUGCUGGGUACCCUUUUGAGUCUUUGAACUUAUCAGGAAUUUAAUAGUGGGAGGAUGGUGGAGAAGCUUCCCUGGGAAUCGGCUUAUCCACCUACCGGCUUUUUCCUGGUAGUGAGCAGAUAGAGGAGAGCAGGAUACAUCUUCCUAGUUUCAGGUGGGGCAGCAGUGAAGCCCAACAGGUCUUGCCAGCAUGUCAACGGCCACAGGGAAAAGGAGCCGCAAAGUACACACAUUACUUUCCUUUUGGGGCUGUGUCUGCAAUAUGUGAAUGGGUAACAGCAGGUGACCUCAUUCCCCAGGCAAAUUCCCAGGGCUACAUUGAAAGCAAGAACUCUGUUGUUGCUCAAGGUGCUGUUUGCCCUGGGCAGCCCAAACCCUGUAGCUUGCUUUCCCUUCUCUUGGUUCUUUCUCUUUGUUUAUUUUUCACUCUCUCUUGGCAUCAUUCUUUGUUGACUGUGUGGAGCGGCAAUGGCAGAUCAAACAAACAAACAAAACACCCUGUGCUUUGUGAACACCCUGCGCUGAGCAAAGCAGCCCAGAAACUUCCUAUCACACUUGUUUGCUCUUCUUGCUUAAUGUUAGCCAUCACAGCUUCUGUUUUUUAAUAACUCUGGAAGUACAAGAGUAUUCCUCUCUGCUGUUGCUGCCCUUGCCCCUGCCGCUCAAAUAAAAUGCCACAUCAAAGCAAUCUUAGUGCUAAACUUCUAAAAAUGCGUGGGAAAUCCUAAGUGAAAUGUGUUUCCCUGUUUAAUUUCUUAAGACAUUCCUCCCUCCAAUGGGAAUAGUUGUGAGAGACCUUUUUCUUGGGUUCUGCUAGCCAGGGCUCCACCUCUGAAGCAACUUCAUUAAACUGUUAGCUGUUCAUUUUUAAAGAAUCUGUGUGUGUAUGGUGUGGAGUUAACCAGAACUGAGCAUUUUGUGGGUGACCAUGGUGCCUUCUUAUAUCCUGUUCUUGGACUUCUCAGCUUUCCUUAAAUUGAAUAGACUAAUAGAAUGUGUUUUGCAUAUGGUUGGUAUUUGACUAGUAAAACAAAAACAAAACAAAAAGCUCUUGCAGAACAAGUCAGUUUUCUGGUCAGAUUUCUGUCAGAUAUGUUGAGUGUAAGCAAGAUGGGAGGCAGCUAGGCUAACUAUGAUUUUCUUAGAAAGGCUCUGCAGUUGGCGACUUUGCUUCCUCAUUCUUGGGGAGCUGCUGAUAGGUGGUUUAAACCAGGAAUGGGGAACCAGAUGUUGCUAGACUAGGAAGUCCCAUCAGCGCUGACCAUUGUCCCCACUGGCCGUGACUUUGACUGGGGUCCAAGAAUAUGUCGUCAGUUGUCAGGAAAUGAGACAUGUUCAUGAUUUGUUGUUAGCAUGGUGUUAGGAAGUCAGCCUUGCAUUUGAAGGUAAAGAGUAACAUGCCAUUUUAGCAGGCAAAUUCCAGGCAAUACUUAUCAAUUACAGUGGUACCUCAGGUUAAGUACUUAAUUCGUUCCGGAGGUCUGUUCUUAACCUGAAACUGUUCUUAACCCGAGGCACCACUUUAGCUAAUGGGGCCUCCUGCUGCUGCUGCGCCGCUGGAGCCCGAUUUCUGUUCUUAUCCUGAAGCAAAGUUCUUAACCUGAAGCACUAUUUCUGGGUUAGGGAGUGUGUAACCUGAAGUGUAUGUAACCCGAGGUACCACUGUAUACUUAAGGUGUUCUCUUUUUUAUUCCUUCCUCCCUCCAAAUUUUAUCAGCAAAUGAAGCCAGCUUUCAUGCAGCGGAUCGACAACCACUUUACAGAAUUUGUAAAUGGCUUGAUUGCAAAGUCUGUGCAGCUUGAGACUUCGCCCCCUGCCUUCCCAGCCGCAUGCUCAGAGAAAGACGGUGGCUUCAAAAGCAAGUAUGUUGGUUCUUGGCUGAGCCUGAAGCAGAGUUGAUAUGCUGAUUUGUUGCUGAAUAUUUGUUCUUUUCACAGGGAAUUAAGAGCACCUCCAGAACACGGAAAAGUUUUUGUUGCUAGAAAGUCUGUCUUAGAGUGAGUAUAUUAAUUAGAUUUUAAAUUUUACUGGAGCCCUUGCUAAAGUUAAAGUUGCCUUGAUCCAGUGGGUGGCUUAUCUUCACAUCUCGCUUCUCCUCCCAGUAGAUCACAUUCAUUUUUAUACUGUGUAGACUGAAAGUUGGUAUUCCUAACCUUUAUAAGUGUUCUAGCCCAGGCUUCCUCAACCUCAGCCCUUCAGGUGUUUUUGGCCUACAACUCCCAUGAUCCCUAGCUAGCAGGACCAGUGGUCAGGGAUGAUGGGAAUUGUAGUCUCAAAACAUCAGGAGGACCGAGGUUGAGGAAGCCUGUUCUAGCCAAUUGGCUAUUGCACAUCCCAAAUUCUAACUUGGAUGUGGCUGGAUUCUGGAUUCACAGAGGCUGUUCUGUUCUGUAGAAACUGGUCAACAGAAUAGAAUAGGCAUCCCCAAACUCGGCUCUCCAACUGUUUGGGGACUACAACUCCCAUCAUCCCUAGCUAACAGGACCAGUGGCCAGGGAUGAUGGGAAUUGUAGUCCCAAAACAUCUGGAGGGCCGAGUUUGGGGAUGCCUGGAAUAGAAUGUCUAUUGCUGGGUAAUCCAAACUCCUCAUGGGUGGUCUGGUUCUCCAAUAAAGUUUGUCCCUAACUUCUUUUAUAUACUGCCUAGGAGAACCCAUAACGGAAUGGUACCUUGGCCCACGUAGGUUCAGACUUGGAUAUGAUACAGUCCUGUGUUCUCCAGGGCUCCUUUGGAGGCCAGGUGGGAUUAAUUUAAUAAUAAAUGAAUAAUAAGCACUCUAAGCCUGUGAGACCAAAAUAUUUACAUAGCAUGGAGUGGGGAUUACAAAAGGCUUCAGUUGGUGCAAAAUGGGAGAGUGUCCAAGUGAAAUGUGGUCUACAGCAGCUCUGUGGAGUUUCUGGCCUGUUCCGGCAUCCUAAUUUGACCCGCAAGGCCACCUUCCUCAAACUGGGUACACCUGUGGGACAGGUAAAGGUGCAGUUCCCUACUGAAAGCAGGUUUGCUGACACCACCAAUCAGCUGAUUGGCAGUGCCAACAAAGUCCUGUGCCUUUGCUUACGUGGUUUGAUUUCAAACCACGCAGGCACAGGAAACUGGGUUCCAGUUUUGAUUUCAAACUGCAUGGGCAAAGGACUUGCCCUGAUGUCAUUAUUGUAGCUAUAAGGGUUGCUCAGGCUAGCAUGAAAAUGAGGAAUCAGGGGUCUGGGUUAAGUUGAGGCAUGUCCCUCUCUAGCUUAAAAGGCUAGUGCUGUAAAUUUGCUUCUUAGUGAUGAGGAGAUUAUUAUUUUAGAUCAUGCUUCGAAGUAUUUGAGGGGUGUUGAUUCUACUACAAUAGGUAUAAAGCUGUGGUUUGAUCUGCAAAUUUCUGAACAUUGGCCAUAAAAUAGGCCCGGGUGAGAUGUAAUUAAGGUUGUUUGAUUUAAGUGACCUGGGACUGCAUCUGUUUUAAUGCCGAGUGCUGGAAUUGCCCAUGAGUGCAGGAUAUCUUCUGCUGAGAUUAAAACUCAGAUGGGGGAUUCUCUUGGGACUACAACUCGAUGAUCAACUUCUAGUAGGCGGAAAUUUCCGGGAUGUAGGUCGCAUGUUGGGACUAUGUAGGAGUCAAACAGCAGAUUUUCAUAGUCUGUAUAGUCGUAGCUUCAGUAUCACUGGUGGCCAGUGGCUUUAAUAGUUAAAAGAGGGUUGUUAAUUUCAUCUAUUAAAUAAAGGAUUUGGAGGAGGGAGUGCAAUUAGGAUUAAAAUGAUUGCAGGGAGGAUAAUUCAGAUUAUUUCCACUUCUUGGGCAUCUAUAGUAUUAGUGUGAGUUUUGUUGAUAAUAUAAGACUAAUAAUAUAUAGUACCAAGGCACUGAUUAAAACAACAAUUAUUAAUGCAUGGUCAUGGAAGUGAAGAAGUUCUUAUAUAAUGGGGGAGGCUGCAUUUUGGAAGCCUAGUUGUGCUGGGUGUGCCACAUAGGCUUGAUUGACCUAUAAUUUAGCGCUGACAGAGCUAUGUAAUUUAUUUACUAGGACCUCAUAAGGAGAGAAACUUAAGAGGCUGUGUGACUGGCUUGAAAGUGCUUAGAAUCAUAGAAUCAUAGAGUUGGAAGAGACCACAAGGGUCAUCGAGUCCAACCCCUGCCAAGCAGGAAACACCAUCAGAGCACUCCGACAUAUGGUUGUCAAGCCUCUGCUUAAAGACCUCCAAAGAAGGAGACUCCACCACACUCCUUGGCAGCAAAUUCCACUGUCAAACAGCUCUUACUGUCAGGAAGUUCUUCCUAAUGUUUAGGUGGAAUCUUCUUUCUUGUAGUUUGGAUCCAUUGCUCUGUGUCCGCUUCUCUGGAACAGCAGAAAACAACCUUUCUCCCUCCUCUAUGUGACAUCCUUUUAUAUAUUUGAACAUGGCUAUCAUAUCACCCCUUAACCUCCUCUUCUCCAGGCUAAACAUGCCCAGCUCCCUUAGCCGUUCCUCAUAAGACAUCGUUUCCAGGCCUUUGACCAUUUUGGUUGCCCUCCUCUGGACACGUUCCAGUUUGUCAGUGUCCUUCUUGAACUGUGGUGCCCAGAACUGGACACAGUACUCCAGGUGAGGUCUGACCAGAGCAGAAUACAGUGGCACUAUUACUUCCCUUGAUCUAGAUGCUAUACUCCUAUUGAUGCAGCCCAGAAUUGCAUUGGCUUUUUAGCUGCCGCGUCACACUGUUGGCUCAUGUCAAGUUUGUGGUCAACCAAGACUCCUAGAUCCUUUUCACAUGGACUGCUCUCAAGCCAGGUGUCACCCAUCUUGUAUUUGUGCCUCUCAUUUUUUUGCCCAAGUGCAAUACUUUACAUUUCUCCCUGUUAAAAUUCAUCUUGUUUGUUUUGGCCCAGUUCUCUAAUCUGUCAAGGUCGUUGUGAAGUGUGUUCCUGUCCUCUGGGGUAUUAGCCACCCCUCCCAGUUUGGUGUCAUCUGCAAAUUUGAUCAGGAUGUCCUUGAGUCCAUCAUCCAAGUCGUUGAUAAAGAUGUUGAAUAAGACCGGGCCCAAGACAGAUCCCUGUGGCACCCCACUAGUCACUCUUCUCCAGGAUGAAGAGGAACCAUUGAUGAGCACCCUUUGGGUUCGGUCAGUCAGCCAGUUACAAAUCCACUGACUGGUAGCAUAGUCAAGACCGCAUUUUACCAGCUUCUUUACAAGAAUAUCAUGUUAGAGGUGGUUCAAGUCCCCCAUUCCCUUGAGAUUUGUACAUAGGUUGAUUCUUCGUAGGUAUGAUAUGGGGGCGGGCAGCCGAGAAGUCAUUCCAAGUUUGUGUUUGUUAAUUCGAGGGUAAGUACUUAAUGUUUAGCUCCCAGAGCUUCCCAGAUAAUAAAUAAUAUUAUAAUUACUGCUGUCAGUGAAAUUAAGGAGCCAACUGAUGAAAUAGUAUUGCAGAGGUGUAUGCGUCUGGAUAGUCGGAGUAACGUCAGGGCAUGCCCGCCAAUUCGAGGAAAUGUUGUGGAAAGAAUGUUAUGUUGACUUCGGUAAAUAUUACGCCAAAUUGAAUUUUUGUUCAUGAGGAAUGCAAAGUAUAACUUGUAAAGAGCAGAAAUCAGUGGGCAAAUCCACCUAUAAUUGCAAAUGUAGCUCCUAUUGAUAGGACAUAAUGGAAAUGGGCAACUACAUAGUAGGCAUCAUGAAGAAUAACAUCUAAUGAGGAGUUGGCUAAAAGAAUACCUGUAAGGCCGCCUACCGUAAAUAAAAAAAUGAAUCCCAGGGCCCAAAAUAUAGCGGCAUCCCAUUUAAUUGUUCCGCCAUGAAGGGUUGCGAGUCAACUAAAAACUUUUACUCCAGUAGGAAUGGCAAUAAUUAUUGUGGCUGAGGUAAAAUAGGCUCGGGUGUCAAUGUCCAUACCUACAGGAAAUAUGUGGUGGGCCCAUACAAUGAAGCCUAGAGAGCCAAUUGAUAUUAUGGCUCACACUAUACCUAUGUAGCUGAAUGGUUCUUUUUUUCCUGCAUAGUAUGUGGCGAUAUGGGAAAUUAUGCCAAAGCCAGGGAGAAUGAGGAUGUAUACUUCUGGAUGACCAAAAAAUCAAAAUAGGUGUUGGUAGAGAAUUGGGUAGCCUCCUCCUGCUGGGUCAAAAAACGAUGUGUUUAGGUUUCGAUCUGUUAGUAGCAUUGUAAUUCCUGCGGCCAAAACGGGAAGCUUAGUAUAAGUUAAGCGCAUGUAAAAUAUUAGGCUUAGUAAAGUGGUUAAGGCCAGGGCAGUUGCUAGAGGGAUGAGGUGGUUGGUAGUUAAUUCUUCUAGAAUUAAUCAUUUAGGUAAGAAGCCAGUUAAUAGGGCGAGUCUCCCUAAUGCUAUAAGGGUAAUUAUUGUGAUGGUGGAGAGUGUUGGAGAGAUUACUCAUAUUGUUCCAAAAUCUUUGGCGGUUUUUGCAGUUGAAGUGAUGAAAAUUAGGAACAUGGAGGUAGUUAUUAAUGGAUAAAUUAUUAAGGAUAGAAGAAGAAGUUUCUGGCAGAUAGGGGAGAUGGCAGCUAUUCAGCCUAGGGGUCCGAUUGACGAAAAUGCUAUGAUUUUUCAUAGUUGGGUUUGAUUUAGUCCAGAUCAUCCUCCAGUUAAGGUAGAGGAAAUCGCUAGUAGUAAUAAAAUUGUUGUUGGGAGUUGAUUAGAAGUUAUAUAUAGUAGAGAUAUUGGUGGUCAUUUUUGUCAUGUUGCAAUAAUUAGAGCAGUUGUUAUGCCUUGUAUGACUUCUGGGUGUCAGAAGUGAACCAGGCCCAAUUUUAUGGCUAGGGCAAUUGUUAGUAUGGUGGGGGUUGGUUGCGUGGUGAGUUGAGUAAUAUCUCAAAUUCCAGUGUGUCGCAUUAAGAAUGCUUGAAAAUAAAAUGAUGGAUGAGGCCAUUGCUUGAAUAAUAAAAUAUUUUGUUGCGGCUCCAGUGGCUCGUGGAUGAUGUUGUUUGGCCAGGAUUGGGUUAAUGACUAGGGUGUUUAAUUCUAGUCCAAUUCAGGCUAGAAAUCAAUGGUAGCUCCGAGGGCCAAGCUGGAAAUUAAAAUGGAUAAGAUGUAGGGGCUCAUUAGUAAAGGAAGGGUGAAGGAGGUGAUGACAGGUGACCCCACCUAGGCCCGAAGUCACCCCCCCAACCAGGCCUCAAAACUGUCCAAAAUUCAUUUCUGUCUUCUAAAAAAUCCACAGCUAAAGUUUUCCUCUGUUUUCUCACAAGAUGCAUAGGAAAAAUGUUAUUCUUUUAUCAGUACAAGAAGGCUUCAAAAGGCUAAUGAAUAGGCUCUGUCAUUGCCAAGAAUACUCAAGCCUGAGAACUGACUUUUAUCUCAUUCAGUUGCAACAUCUUGAACACUCUGAAACCCCUUGGCUUCUCACCCCCCCCCUUUCCUGGGAAGAGUCCCAAGACAGGAGCUUUCUGUUCAUGCUCAGAGGAACUCAUGGGGCAGGACACCUGAAGAGGAGAAAGGGGAGGGAACUGGAAGGGAAAUAUAUACUCUGUGCAAAUGGCUGUGAACUCGUGCUUGUUUGUGAACUAUCACACUUGCUCCUUCUACCAGUUCAUGGAUGGUAGAAAUAAAGCUUUUUCUCCGAAACUAUUCCUUGAGUGUGUGUUUGACUCCCACUCCCUCUCCCGGGCGCAAUAUUUUUCCCCACCCGAGGGCAAAGCCUCAUAAGGCUACAAGGGUUUAACCAACAUUUUUGGGGUAUGGGCCCAAGAGCUUUAUUAGCUGACUUUACUAGAAGGUAGUAUAGUGGGAGCAGAGGGUCUUGGAGUCUCAGGUGUGGGUUCGAAUCCCAUUCUUCUAGAGGAGGUGAGGGAUUAUAAAUCCCUGUGAUUUACUCUAUCAAAGUAAUCCCUAAUUUCUCGGGCACACAUCUUGGUAACAGUUAUUAAUUUAGUGGCGGGAACCCUGAUAGUGAGAUUGGAAGUAAGAUAUACCACAAGUAUAGUGCUAGUGUGGCAGGGAGAAAUUGUUUUCAUAGGAGGUGUAUUAAUUGAUCAUAACGAAAUCGUGGGUAAGAGGCUCGAGCCCAUAAGAAUCCAGUGGUAGUUUUUGCUGUUAGGUUAAUUGUAAAUAAUUCUGUUUGUGUGGUUAUGGUAGGGCUAAAGAAUAAAAUACAUGAGAGUGUGUUUAUCAUCAAAAUGUUUAUGUAUUCGGCUAGGAAGAAAAGUGCAAACAGUCCUGCUGCAUAUUCAACAUUAAACCCUGAGACAAGUUCAGAUUCCCCCUCAGUUAAAUCAAAUGGUGCGCGAUUUGUUUCUGCUAGGGUUGAUACAAAUCAUAUUAUUGCGAGGGGUCUUGCGGGUAGGAUUAGUCAAAUGUGUUCUUGCGUAAUGAUAAGGGUGUGUAGUGUGAAGGUGCCAGUCAGUCUAAUAAUUGAAAGUGGAAUAAUGCCCAGGGUAACUUCAUAUGAGAUUGUUUGUGCAAUGGCUCGUAGCGCCCCUAUUAGGGCGUAUUUUGAGUUAGAUGCUCAUCUGGAACAUAAGAUUGUGUAGACUAUUAUGCUUAAGAGGGCAAGAAGAAAUAGAAGGCCUAUGUUUAUGUCUGCUAGGUUGUGUGGUAUUGGUACUGGAGUUCAUAUUAUGAGGGCUAGUAAAAGGGCUAAAGUUGGUGCCAGGAUAAAUAAUAUAGGGGAUGUAUAUGUUGGGUGAAUGGGCUUGUAGCACCCUGCUUGUGGUUAACGCUUAGCUGGAAUGAAAUAUUCAACGCAGCAAUAGAGAAAUUAAAAUAAUAAUUUAUUUGUCAGACAAAUAAAUGAGAGACACAGUGGUAUAUGGAUACCAAAGCUCUGCCUACUCCAGCCCUGAUGCCCAGCACUUAUAUUUCCUCAGCCCAGCCCCCUUGCUCCUCCUUUGGCUGCCUCUGUCCAAUCAGCCUGGUUGAAAUUCCUAUUGGCUGUUUGCUAGAACCAAUCAUAAAAGGUACACCCAUUUCCUAUUACCUUUUAUGGGAGACAGAGAGCUACCGUAUUUUUCGCUCCAUUGGACGCACUGGACCAUAGGACGCACCGGAUCAUAGGAGGGGGAGAACAGGGAAAAAGAUUUUUUUUUCUUGUUCUCCCCCUCCAAAACAAGGUGCGUUCAAGGUACAUUCACCAGAGCUUGUGGGGCUGGCGGUGGGGGGAAGCGCUGCUUUCCCCCACCACCAGCCUCAAAGAUCCCUGAAGCCUUUGGAGCGCAACGCCCCGCUGCCCUGCAGAGGUUUGCGCGCAGCCGUCCCCAAGCUAGAGCAGCGAGACGGAGCCCUCCGUCUUGCUGUUCUGGCUGGGAACAGCCUUGCUAGCUUCUGCAGGACAGCGGGGUGAAGGCACCCCGCUGCCCUGCAGAGGUUUGCGCGCAGCCCUCCCAAGCUAGAGCAGCGAGGCGGAGCCCUCCGUCUCGCUGUUCUGGCUUAGGAACAGCCUGCUAGCUUCUGCAGGACAGCAGGGUGAAGGCACCCCGCUGCCCUGCAGAGGUUUGCGCGCAGCCCUCCCCAAGCUAGAGCAGCGAGAUCCGUCUCGCUGUUCUGGCUUGGGAACAGCCUUGCUAGCUUCUGCAGGACAGCGGGGUGAAGGCACCCCGCUGCCCUGCAGAAGUUUGCGCGCAGCCGUCCCCAAGCUAGAGCAGCGAGACGGAGCCCUCCGUCUCGCUGUUCUGGCUUGGGAACAGCCUGCUAGCUUCUGCAGGACAGCGGGGUGAAGGCACCCGCUGCCCUGCAGAGGUUUGUGCGCAGCCCUCCCCAAGCUAGAGCAGACGGCUGCGCGCAAACCUCUGCAGGGCAGCGGGGUGCCUUCACCCCGCUGUCCUGCAGAAGCUAGCAAGGCUGUUCCCAAGCCAGAACAGCGAGACGGAGGGCUCCGUCUCGCUGCUCUAGCUUGGGGAGGGCUGCGCGCAGACCUCUGCAGGGCAGCGGGGUGCCUUCACCCCGCUGUCCUGCAGAAGCUAGCAGGCUGUUCCCAAGCCAGAACAGCGAGACGGAGGGCUCCGUCUCGCUGCUCUAGCUUGGGGACGGCUGCGCGCAAGCCUCUGCAGGGCAGCGGGGUGCCUUCACCCUGCUGUCCUGCAGAAGCUAGCAGGCUGUUCCCAAGCCAGAACAGCGAGACGGAGGGCUCCGUCUCGCUGCUCUAGCUUGGGGAGGGCUGCGCGCAAACCUCUGCAGGGCAGCGGGGUGCCUUCACCCCGCUGUCCUGCAGAAGCUAGCAAGGCUGUUCCCAAGCCAGAACAGCGAGACGGAGCGCUCCGCAGUGCUCCGUCUUCCUGUUCUGGCUUUGGGCUUAGCGGCGCAGCCUGCAUUCGCUCUAUAGGACGCACACACAUUUCCCCUUAGUUUUUGGAGGGGGAAAUGUGCGUCCUAUAGAACGAAAAAUACGGUAUAUUUCCGUCUAUCCAUAAAUGGCAGACAAGUAGCCAUAUAUCUUACAUUUGCCUCGACCAGGCACCUUAAUUACCAGAUAACCUUUUUGCCCUAUUGCCCUAUUGCCCUAUUCACUCCAGAACAGAUGGCUAAUGGUUCUAAUUUUAUCUUAAACAGAGAUCUUGGUUUCACCUUCUCACACACCAUCAAUGAAAUAAGAAUCUAACAUAAGAAUCUAACAUUUCUUACUUUCUAAAUCCUUUGCAUAAUUACAUUUAAGCCAAUAUAUUUCAUACAUAACAUUGAUAGAUUUUUAGAAGGAAAGGCCUUUUCAAAGUAAAAAAGAAUUUAAUAAAAACAGUUUCGAAAGCAGCCUCUUUAGUUUACAACUCCUUUUCCUAGCCAGCUGCUGUUUCUAUUAGCUCUUGCCCUUUAACCUUAUGAAAAUAUGGCUCGAGUCUUCUGUUAAACAAUAAAUUUCACUAUUUACCAACUCUUAAUUGUGUCUUUGCAGCUUGAUUGUAUUCUGUAAUUUGUAUGGUCAGUGUGACCUUUUGCUCCCAGCCUGUAAUUUCCUUUUACAACCCUGAAGCGCUGCUAUAGAUCAGAGGGGCCCUGUUUAGGAAGAGAAACAUCUGCCAAAGCACCCAGGCAGCUGCUUUAUGCCUGGCAUAAAACAUACAAACAUUUGCAAAUAUAUUUUUAAAGCUCAUUUUAAAAUGCAGAUCUUGAUCAGAUGCCUCAGGCUCUUUAAUAAAUAGUUUUACUCUAUCAGCAAUUGGUUGUAAAAUGCGAAAGGCCUACUAUGUUUGGACCUUUUCAGAGUUGCAUAGAGCCUAAAAUUUUGCAUUCAAGUAGCAUUAGAAAUGCUACAGCAAUGAGAAUGGGAAUGAUGUAUGUAACAGGAUUAAUUAUGUCUUAUUUAUAAUAAUAAUAAUAAUAAUAAUAAUUUUUAUUUAUACCCCGCCCUCCCCAGCCAAGGCCGGGCUCAGAGCGGCUUACAAGCAAUAAUAAAAACAAGUUGAAUGAUUACAACUUAAAAACACACUUAAACACAACUUAAAAAUACAACAUUAAAAUACUGAAACAUUAAAAUAUUAAAAUGUAGCCUCAUCGCAGGAGGAGAUGGAAAGGAAAAAAGAAAGAGAGGGAGGGAAUCAAAUUGGCUGCAAGCCAAAGGCCAGGUGGAACAACUCUGUCUUACAGGCCCUGCGGAAAGAAAUCAGAUCCUGCAGGGCCCUGGUCUCAUGAGGCAGAGCGUUCCACCAGGCCAGAGCCAGAGUUGAAAAGGCCCUGGCUCUGGUUGAAGCUAAUCUAACUUCCUUAGGGCCUGGGACCACUAGGGUGUUGCUAUUUAUGGACCUUGAGGCUCUCCGUGGGGCACACCAGGAGAGGCGGUCCCGUAGGUACGAGGGUCCUAGGUCGUGAAGGGCUUUAAAGGUCAAAAGCAGAACCUUAAAUCUGACCCUGUACUCUACCGGGAGCCAGUGCAAUUUGAAAAGCACUGGGUGAAUAUGCUCCCAUGGCAGAGACCCCGUGAGGAGCCUUGCUGCAGCAUUCUGCACCCGCUAGAGUUUCUGGGUCAGCUUCAAGGGCAGCCCCGCGUAGAGCGAAUUACAGUAGUCAAGCCUGGAGAUGACCUUCGCAUGGAUCACUGUGGCCAGGUCGGGGCGGGAAAGGUAGGGGACCCACUGCUUAAUGUGGCGAAGAUGGAAAAAUGUCGCCUUAGCUGUUGCUGUAAUUUGCGCCUCCAUGGAAAGGGAGGCGUCAAGGAUUACACCCAAACUCUUUUUUUUUAAAGAAUAAUUUUUUAUUAACCGACCAAUCACAUCAAAUCAAACCAAAUUACAUAAAUUCCAAAUUACACAGCCGAAUUUUAAAUUUUUGUUGGGGGUACCCAUAUUUCAAGUUCUGAAGGGAUCCAAUCAACUUCUUGCUUCUUACUGCUGUUUUAAUGUCCACAAAUCUAACCUUAUGAUGUUCACAGUACUAUCCAGUCCUUUCUUACUAUUUUUCCACAUCUCUUGUUGUUAUUUUCAUAUAUUUUUCCUUUCUCUUUGUGACCUCUGAUAGUCUCCACAAGCUGGUUAGAACAGUUUGUAAUCCUGCGUGGAUAUUUUUUUUUUAUCCAGUAGCCAUAUCCAGACGUUUUCCAUAUAACAUCACUUCCAUACAUCAAAACAGUCUUAGCGUCAUUAAUCUUCACCAAUCUGCCUCCUUUCUCAAAACCUCUGAGGAGAUUCACUAGGAAUGCAGUCUGAAAACAAAUCCGUUCUUCCUCCCGGCUGUAAAUCCUUUGGCAAGAUGGCGACUCCGAAUUAAUUGCUGUGCCAUUCCCAAAAGCUCUUAUUGCUUCUCGGUCUCCAUAAAGCAUACUUUUGGUUAAAGUUUAUCUCCACACAGACCUUAAUCAUCCUGCUUGGGUCAGUUCAACCGACGGUUCUAAUGAGGAGGGGUUCUUGUAAAUCACAUAGAAGGAAAGUAAAAAGGUUCCCCCAUUCAGCCCCGUUGUCAACAUACCCCGCCUUUGGUGUAUCUUCAUCGUAAAAUAUUUCUGUUUCUCCAGCCCGUCGUCUUCUUUCGCAGAGGUCACUUAAAUUAGCAGGCUUCACUCCCCUUCUUCACUUGAAAUAUGCGCAUUUGCUUCUUUUGUAAUUAAUUAUUCCAAAUUGCUGCAACUAGUGCGCGAUCAGAGACAGCGUCCAGGAGAGCCGAUGUCCGCACGGGGGCAUUCUGCCUAGGGCCCUCACCCCCUUCUUUCGAAUUAGGGGGUGAUUUAUGGGCACAGCAGGCAAGGGCAGUGUUCCCCAUUUCCUUGGGGCAACAAGGGAGGCUGCCUACUCCCAUAACAGCCUCUUAAUUACCCCGUGUGGGUCGGAGAGAUGGUAUUGUCGGCCAUCUUCCAAUGCGCCCCCUAGUGGCCCCGAGGAUUACACCCAAACUCUUAAUGGAAGGCAAUGGCACGAAUUGGGAUAAUUUAUAUUCAAUUUUUUCAUGGGGUAAAUCAGUUAAUGCACUAUAUACAUAAUAGUAAAUAGAUAAUCACAUGUAGUAAGUACAAGUAAAGCGGCAGAUGUAGAAGGAGGCAAAAACAGCCGCAUAAAGCAGCAGGAUGGCGAUGAUGGCGGAUAAUUUUAUAGAGGUUAGCAUAGUAGUUGGAGUUGGUUUUGUUGGUAAAAUAGUGGCUAUGAGGAUUAGGCCUGUUAGAAGGCUUCCAAUGGCAAGACGAAUAAGGGGGUUAGUAAGGGUCAGGGGUGUUUCAUUUAUAAUGGAUGUUGUUGUUUGUGGUGUAUUUAAUUGGACGUAAAAAGUUAUUCGUAAGGUGUAGGGUGCGGUUACUAUUGUUGCAAAAAGUGUAAGUAUAAGGGCUCAGGCGUUUAGGUGGGAGUUAUUUAUGGUUUCAAUAAUUGUAUCUUUUGAAUAGAAGCCCGAUAAAAAGGGAGUUCCUGUAAGGGCAAGAUUUCCGAUGGUUAAACAGGUAGCUGUCGCUGGUAAUAUUUUUUGUACGCCCCCUAUUUUUCAGAUGUCUUUAAGUUGUGACUAAUUGCGCCGGAGCAUAACAAUAGUAUAGCCUUGAAGAAGGCAUGGGUUGAGAUGUGAAGGAAGGCGAGUUGAGGUUGGUUUAGGCCAAUAGGUAUCAGGCCUAGUUGGCUAGAGGUUGAAAAAGCAAUAAUUUUUUGUUGUUGUUUUGUGUUAGGGCACAUAGGGCUGUGAAUAGUAUGGUGAGUGCUCCUAGGCAGAGGCAAAUAGUUAAGGCUGUCUUGUUGUUUUGUAAGAUUGGGUGAAGUCGGAUUAAAAGGAACACGCCAGCUACAACCAUAGUGCUGGAGUGCAAUAGAGCUGAAAGGGGUGUUGGGCCUUCCAUUGCUGCUGGGUGUCAUAGGUGUAGUCCGAAUUGGGCAGAUUUGCCAGUGGAGGUGAGAAUUAGGGUGAAGAGGGGUAGGAGAAGCAGGUUUUUUGUUUGAAUGGUUAUUUCUUGAAUAUUUCAAGUUGCUAGGUGUGUUGCAAGUCAGGCGAGGGCUAAUAUAAGUCCAAUAUCUCCUACAUGGUUGAAAAUAAUAGCCUAAAGGGCUGCUGUAUUAGCAUCAGGGCGGGCAAAUCAUAAUUCCCACACUUUCUCAACCAACGAAAAGUUGAAAUAUAUUAUUGGCUGUGACAAGCAUUGAUAUGACUAGUAAAAAUACUAAGAGGUAUUUGAAGAAUCGGGAUAUGUGGGGGUCUGGAAUAUAUAUCAGUUAGCGAAUUCAAGGAUAGAUCAUGUAACGAAUAAACUAAUUGGGAUAAAUGUGAGGGGGUACGUGUGUAAGACAAGGUUAAUAUUAAUAUCUCUAUCGGCAAUGUUAGUUCAUGUAAAAUUGGUUGUUGAGGCUUCUGUGCCAUAGUUUAUGAAAAUAGCUAGGGGGAUUAGGCUGACUUUGAAUGCCAAUUGUACAGUGGUUUUUGCGUAAAGCAUGCCUCAUCCUAUUUUGAAAGGAAUUGGGUUUAUAGUUGUGAGAACAGAGUGUGUUAGGAUAAAUAGGACUGUUAGCAUGGUUGAGUGUAGGAAGAGGUCGUGCAUUUUUACUUUUACUUGGAGUUGCACCAAUAUUUUUGGUACCUAAAACCAAUGGAUUACUACUUUCCUAUAGGUCUAAGGACUUCAUCCUUAGUUAUGUGAGUUAGCAGUUCUAAUUGUUUAUACAGCUCUUGGUAAACAAGAAGGUGGAACCUUCUAUCUCAGUCACAGUCUAGUGUUUCUGGUAAGCUAUAUUUACAAGUGAAUAAUCCUGAAAUUAGGGUGGGUUUUAGAAUUAGAAGUCCUAGGGGUAGCAAAUGUAGGAUAAGGAUAAGAUGUUCUCGAGCAUGGGUGGGAGGAAAAGGCGAAAUUGAUUUGAAAUGGCUUCGCGUUGGGUUAUUAAGAAUAUGUAUAAGUGGCAGUAAUGAGGGUUUCAACCCCGGUGAUGAUGAUGGUGGGGGAUGAUCAGUUAAAUAGGGCAGUAAUAAUUAAUAACUCACCAAGUAGGUUGAUUGAGGGGGGCAUGGCUGUAUUGGUUAAGUUAAUGAAUAAUCAUCAAGUUGAUAUGAAUGGGAAGGCAAGUUGUAGGCCUCGUACAAGAAGUAAAGUUUGGGGGUGUGCGCGCUCAUAAUUAGUGUUUGCUAGAGCAAAGAGGGCUGAGGAAGUUAGGCCAUGUGCAAUUAUUAGGGUUAUGACUCCGGUCAAGCCUCAUGGUGUUUGUAUAAUAAUAGCAGAGGUUACUAGGCCCAUAUGACUUAGGGAUGAGUAGGCGAUGAGAGCCUUCAGGUCUGCUUGUCGUAGGCAAAUUGAGCUAGUUAUUAGGACACACGCCAGCUACGCCCCCACCUGCUCUCUGUCCCCCGGUGCAUGAAGCUCCGCCACUGCCUGCUUGUUGGAAACAGUUCGGGAAUCUCUUUCUCUUGUACAGCGGCACCUCUUUCCAAACUACCCCCUCUAAAAAGUGGUGAAGGUCUUAUAUUUGUUGACAGAUGAAUUUUGCAGAACAUAUGCAGAGAAAUUGCACUGAAAAAGAGUGAUCGCAUGUUACAUUUGAAGGAGAAAAAGCAAAUGGCCCAGGGAAGCCAUGGCCUUAUCCUCUGAAUCUUCUGACCAUAUUCCUGUUGCUUUCAGCUCUUAAGUUUAAUCACUGGAAGUCCUGGAGUUUGUCCCCACCCCCUGAAAUGUUCUAAUGUGCUUCUUAUAAUUAUUUUCCUCAGCGAGCUAUUUGAAGUGAAAGACAUCCGGAGCAUACAUCAUGUGUUCAUUGCUUUCUUCAUCAUUAUCAUUCUCAGCACCCUCAUAGUAGACUCCAUUGAUGAAGGAAGGUAGGAAAAUAUUGAAGGGAUCAGCUGGAGGUUUGUUUGUUUUUGUUUUGUUUUAGUGUUGGACUUGAGUCAUUUCAUACCUGAACCAAUGAAAAUGUAUCUGCAUGCAAAGUCUUGGAAGAUGUGGAGCCCUCCCAGUACUAACUGAAAGGCUGCAGGCUAUGCCACAAUAACUACAAUUUUCCCACAUGCGUGUGCUUAUCCAAGGGGUCCUGGAUCUCUGUAGGGGUUGUAUCUGUCUGUAUCUCUGUGUUUGCUUUCUUGCUUUAGAGUGUUCUGUGCAGUAUAAAACCUUAAGGGUAUAUACUUAAGUUCAGUAUUUGUUUCAUAAGAUUUAUACAGUACACUGCCUGAUUCUAAAAGGAACCUCAAAGCGGUUUACGAAAUGAUAAAACAAUAAAAGCAUUAAAAAAAAAUCACAGCCAUACUCUAAAACAUACAAAACUUAAAAUACUAAAAAAGAUUAAAAGUACCUCAACUUUUAUUAUAGAAUUAGCUGUUACUGAUUUAACCUGAUGGAAUAUAUAUUUUAACCCAAGUAUAUGAUUUUAACUUUCUGUGUUGUUUGAAUCUCUUUUGAAGGUUGGUGGUGAAGUUUGAUCUCCUGGUCUACACUUUUGGCAAAUCUUCUGUUGUUGCUUCCACUUGGCUUUACAUGUUCCUGUCCACCCUGACUGUGCCCUAUGGGCUCUUCCUGCUGUGGGCCCAGGGCUACCAUGGUUCCUCCCACAAGACAAUCCGCUCCGCUUUCUUUGGGGGUCUCCUCAUGAUCUUCCAAAUAUUUGCGCUUGGAGUGGUUCCAACUUACAUUGUCAUUGCCUACCGUUUACCACCGCUUUCUGCUGCCAUAGUGACCUUUGAGCAGGUGAGUUUCAUGUGGAGAGCUAGUUUCUUGUGGAUGUAGCUCUAGGUCAUUUCACAAAGCUUGAAUUAGCAAAAUGCUGCUUUAUGCCAGGAUCUGAGUCCUUAGCUAACCUGUAAUUUUGUGUACACAUUCUACUUUUGCUUCUGCCUGACUUGGGGAAAUAUUAAUGGUGACAAGUUUUCAUUUUUUCCAAGAGAUUGAACCUAAGGGUGUUAGAAAUGGUCAGAUGCAAAAAGAAACGCACCAUAAUUCUUAAGGUCUAGUAGGUACUUCUGUUUUCAGAUACACUGAUGGUUUAAACCACUAAUAACUUGCUGCAAACACCCUCUUUUUGAGCACGAUGAAGGAGAGAGCAAUGCCAGUACAACUGGAAGCAUUCUUGGAGGAUACCGAUUCUCUCGACCUCUUGCAUUCUGGGUGCAGACCUGGCUUGAGACUGAAUCUGCUUUGGUCUCACCUUCAUCAAAAGAGGGGCAGAGGAGCUUUUGAUGCUAUUGACCAUGGUAUCCUGCUGGACCAUCUCUCACUUAAUUGUAAGAUGUCAAAUACAUUUUAUCUGUUAUUCCACUCCUUUAGAUGCGCCUGCUGAUGAAAGGCUACUCUUUCAUUAGGGAGAAUACUUCUCGAAUACUUUCCUUUACGCCACAGAAGACAAGUGAGUGACUGUUUCCUUCAAUAAUUGUACAGCUGUGGGGAUGAAGGCACCCUCCCUUCUUCCUGUUCUGAGAGUUGGGUUCUGUGACAUGGAGACAAUUCAAAGACCUGUUCUAGUUCAGAAGAAUGUGUGUAUGGGCCUCCCCAUGUUUUGCAAGAUUACCAAUACCAUGCAACUUGUCAGUCUUCUAAUGCUUAUUGGAAUAGGAGUACACAUCUUGCAAAGGAUAUAAGAGAAUUCUGGGUUUAGUGGAACAGGGAAAAGUGCUCUGACAAUAGGGGGGUUAUUUGGGGUGGGAGGGCGUUAAACCUGGGGUGGACUAGAGGUAAGGGACUUGUCACAGACUUGUCUUACUCAUUGGGGGGGGGGGAGUAGAAUAAGAAUGGCAUACAAACCAUCUUCUUGGACUGAGAAAUUGUAUAAAUGCAUUACUGCUAAACUCAAGCAUUAAUGAACAGUUUGAGACCCAUAGAAAAUAGGAUGGAACCCUGUGGGUUUAUUUUUUAGUGUGUGGCAUUAUUUGGUACUAAACGACUCUCUCCAUUCUGCUUUUUCAGACACCGUCCAAGUUCCUAAAGUUUCCCAGUACCUGUAUUUCCUCUUUGCUCCCACCCUUAUUUACAGAGAUGACUAUCCCCGGUAAUGGCAAUGUAGUUGCUCCAUUGUGACUUGGCAAUUCUUAUAGCCAUUGUGAUUGCGAGGUUGGGCUGGAUGCAUGCUUCAUAACGGAGGGCAUAACACACGGGUUGGGGACCUCAGGCCCAGGGGGCAAGUGCAGUCCUCUGCAGUGGCGUAGCAUGGUGGCGUCACAGGCACGAUUGCCCUGGGCACAAAAUUGUUAUGGAUGCAAAAGUUUAACACUCAGGGCAGCCUCAAUAUAACUGCACAUUCUGUCGCUGGGGUCCAUUGAAAACAGCUUCUCCAUGCGAACCAGGAGUGACCUCUCCAGACCAUAGAAUGACUCUUCUUAUGUCUCCUGGGCGAUGCAGAUAGUAUUAGGCAGUUGAAUGUGUUUCCCUCCCUCCCACCCAACCUCUCCGCACGGCCCCAGGCAACCCAUGCUACACCACUGGCCUCUGAGCCUCUCUGUCUAUUGCACUACCCACUUUUGCCUCUGACCCUACCCACUGCUGGGUCUCUAACUUAACUCAUGGUCCUGAAUUUCAGUGGGUCUUCUCUGAGUAAAGGUUAGUUGAAGACAACCAUUUGUUUCUCUGAAUUUUCCCGGAGCAGGCCUAGUAGGAUCCAAAAUGCAUUGGUUCAAUGCAUAUCUCUUUUGAGCACAUACAUCAGAGCUUUUUGUUUCUGGUUCCAGUAACAAGUGCUGAGUCUGACCAUUUUGACUUUAAGAUAUUCUUCACUUCAUGGGUUUUGAUGGGUUUUUUAUAUAUAAGGUUCUAGAGUUCCUUUGUAGAAGUUGCUGUGUUAUACAGGGUUGUCUUUCUAUUUUUCAUGGUAUUCCACAUUCUGCAGUCUGUAUAUCCUGUUGCCCUCAACUACUCCUUUCCUUCUUUAUGCAAAAUAAUGAACUGUUAAAAAAAUAAUAGUGCAGCUGCACAUUUAGUAAAGCAUGCCAUUUGAGCAAAAUCAUAACUAGCAAACAGACUUUCUUACUUUAAAUAUUUGCUGUUCUGGAAUAGAAAUUGGAUUGUGUUUACUGCAGACUACAUCAGCUCUGCUAUUAUUAUUAUUAUUGCACUUAUUAAUUGCUUUUAUCGUGGAAAGUAACUCAAAGUGAUUUGCUGUCUAGCAGUUGUUUGUAAAAUUCUCACAAAUUAGGUUUCAGUUGAUGCCAAGCAAGCUCUUGUCUUGAUUUAGGUGUAAUGACUGUGAUUUCCUUUUCUUUUCAGAAAUCCUACAAUAAGAUGGAGCUAUGUAGCUACCAUGUUUGCACAGGUUAGAUAUUUCUGUUCCUUUGGGGAUUCCUGUGUUUCUGCAGAUAAUUAUACAGCCUUGAAAGCUGAUAAGAGUUACUGGUUCAUAAAAAUAUGUACUAGCCUACCGGAGUGCACAAGCCUGUAUUAGUUAUUUUUAUUUUGGCAUUAAAAAAAUAGACACAAUGCUUUCUGAAGCUUCCAUGCCUGUUCACCUGGAAUUGCAUCCUAUUCCCUUAGAUCUGGAUCGCUGAAUGAAUAAUUACCCCUAAACUAAUGACAAACACACCCUCCCGUUGUAAGAUAAAUAAAACAGUUUCACUUCUCAGGAUACAAUAGUACUAAAUGACAAGCCUUCCUAAACCGACUUUUAACCGAUGCCUGUGUGCUAGUCCUCUUAUCAUCUGUAAACAUUUUCCAGAGUUUAGGAAAUUAUGAACAGUGCAGCAAUCUGUAUACUGUAUUUUUAUUUUGCUGAGUGGAGCAGAUCAGCUAAUUUCAAGCAUGGUCAUAUUUCUCAAAUGGAGAUGUAGUCCUUUCCUGGGCUGGGCUAGCCGUGCAGUGUCACAUAUCCUAAAAGUUCAAAGGACAAUCUUGGAUAAAAAGAUAGUCUGUUAAUCAGUCUCUGCUCGUGGGACCUGCUCCUUGCAGGACAAUGAAACCGCUACCACAGCAGCUGCUGUCGGUAAAUCAGGUGUUCCACCUGGGCCCCUCCACAUAUACACAUGCCAGCAGCGCACCUACCCAGGCCUCCCAACUGCUGGCAUAGUAAUUCUGCACAUGGUGGAGCCCACGUGGAAUGCCGUUUAUCUGAAAGAAGCACGGACUAUCGUAGUGGCACUGAAACCUUUGGUCAGCUGUUGCCUACGGCUGCAUACACACCAGACAUUUAAAGCACAUGGCUCCUCCCACAAAGAAUCUUGGGAACUGCAGUUUAUUAAGGGUGCUGGGAAUUAGAGCUCGGGGGGGAGGUUAAAGUGCAUGUCUGAGGAUUCUUUGGGGAAUGUCAUGUGGGUUAAAUGUAUGAUCUUUACUCAGCUUAGAUCUGUGCAUAUUGGUAACUGGGAUCAGCUUUCUCUCUUACGGAUUCCUCCUGUGCUACUUUUAUAAUCAGGGGCUUUUGUUUUUACUCCUGUCUAGGUCCUUGCGUCACUCUUCUAUUUGCACUAUAUAAGUGAAAUAUACACCUAUCCUGCAUUUCGGAAAUAUGGCCGAGAGCACUUUAAUGUACGAGGGCUGGUCCUUUGCAUCUUGAACACCAUGCUUCCAAGUGAGUGCUUUUGCGUAUCACCCUGGCCCCUUUUAAUUCCGGAAUUUUUCUAAGCAACAAAUAAAUAAUCAGAUACAGUGGUGAUAUUGGCAACAACUGGCAGUGUAUGGCCUGUUGGAUAUAUGAUCUUAGCUUUGUGGUUCCCUGACUUGUAGGAUUCCUGAAAACCUGUUACUGGGGCAACAGCUGAAGCUGAGCGUGAAUCUCACUGUUCUGAGAGAGAACAUGGGAAGUUGCCUUACACUGAUCAGACCACUGGCCCAUCUAGCUCAGGGUCGUCCACACUGACCAGGAGUGGAUCUCCAGGGUUUCCAGACAAGGAACAUUUCCUGGCUCUACCUGGAGAGGCUGCAGAUUGACCUUUUGCAUGCGCUCCCUACCACUGAGCUACUGCUCUUCUCUCUGAUCACCUUUUGCAGUAUGUUCCUUAGUAACAUCAGUCCUGGUAGACUGGAGAAGGUGCGAUCCUGCUUCAUCCAACUCUGUUUUUUAGUUGGGGAUGCAAGCAGUUGAUAGUUUCUGGACUCAGUUCAAAGUGCUGGUUUUGACCUAUAAAUCCUCAUGCGGCUCAGGACCCCAACACCAGAAGGGCUUCCUCUCUGCUGGUGAACCAGCCUGGUCACUGCAUAAGGAGGAGUGGAGGGUGGAACAUGGAAACGGACCCUUUUAGCGGUGGCUCCCUGCUUGUAGAAUGUGGUCCCCAGGGAAGAGUGCCUGGCUCCAUCAUUGCCUGUUUUAGAUGCCAGUCAAAAAACAGACAAUGGUUCCUAAUGGGAGGGUAAUCAGUUAUUUACAUGGUCAUUGUCAAGCGAGGGGCCAAAAUCACUCCCCAGGUUCGUCCCAUUAAAUAAGAAAUUCAACCAAGGAUUCCAGCAAGACAGUACCCUUUUAUUAACUUUACUGCAGUCAAGGACAGUCCCCUAAAAUGGUGGAUACUGUACUGAUCCUGUACUGUACAGGUUUCAAGACACUUUUAUAUUCUUUCACAUACAGUUUACAUCACGCUAAAUAUAUAACGAGUUCUACGUUGUCCAUUAUGCAUUAGCGAUGACAUGACAUCCUCAUGCUCUGGUCAUGACCUCCAUUCUCUGGUCAAGACCCCCUUACAAGUCAUCACUUAGUACAACAAACUAACCUCAGACCAGAACAGCCAAGUCAAACAAUAAACAGAUGACACAAAAGUAAAUCUUUAACUAAAACAGCAGAUUCUUUAUCCUUGGUUCUAGUCUAUAUAGUCUGAUAUUGGUAAAGGACUUUAUAUACCUUCUAUUUAUAUAUGCAGGUAUAUAAAGGUUCAAGCUAACUAAUACUUUACCAAGUAUGACUAAAGCAACAGAAUUAUCUAAAACAUUAACAAUUUUUUAAAUAAUACUUUUAUUAAAUUUCUGAACAUUUUACACACAACAUUCCAAUGCAUUUUUAAAAAGGGAUCUCUUUUCUGUUCUUGACUUCUCAACCCAUUUUCUGUGAUGUUUUCCUUAUCCCCCCCCCCCUUUGCUGCAGCCUAUGUCACUCAUUUAUCAUAAUCAUAACACAAUAGUCUCUAAUUUUUUCUGUUGCUCUUAGCUGAAAACCUAGUUGUGGAUUCUUCAUGUUGUAGUGUUUCUUCAUAAUAUCCAAAAAGGGCUUCCAUUCUUCAUAUAAGUAAUCAUCAUUAAAUUCUCUUAUUAUAGCUGUUAGCUUUGCUAAUUCAACAUAGGUCCAUUACAUUACACUGGGCAACAAUUUUUUACUUUUUGAAUGUUGUCUAGACUGAUUUAGGGUAUUUUUGCACUGCUGAGUCAGGAAAUGGCAUCCGUUUCUCUCCAUCAGGUCAGGUUUACUGUAAACUGAAUGGUGGGCAUUGAUAAAGGUAAAUACACGUAAAGUGUAUGUUGCUUCACCAUUUUUCAAACUUCAGGGCUUGAACUUCCGUUUCUUGGAACUCCUGGAAUGCUCAGCGGCAGGGAGGUCUCUCUUCAGAGUCCAACAGUAGUCAGCCAUCAUGACUGCGUCCCAGCGACCCUGAUACCUGGUCUCCAUCUCUUUCAUGUCCUGAUGGAUCUCCCCCUGCUCGUCACUCACUGAACCCAGGUUCUCAGGAAACCGGUCCAUAUGUGAAAAUAGGUAGUGCAUCUUGACGCUCAUGUUGCAGCCCAGGUUUCUGAAAGCAGUCAGCAUGUUGUUGCCAAGUUCUGCGUAGUUUCUGGCCUUAUUGUUGCCAAGAAAGUUCUUCACUACCAGAACAAAUGCCUUCCACGCUUCCAGUUCCACUUCGUUCAUUGAGUUUCCGAACUCUGGAUCUCUGAUGAGCUGACGGAUCUGAGGACCGUCAAAGAUGCCAGCUUUCAACUUCUCCAUGGUCAAUCCUGGAAAAGCCUGGCACAAGUAAGUGAAGCAGUCACCAUCCUUGUCCAGAGCCUUGGUGAACUGCUUGAUUAAGCCGAGCUUGAUGUGCAGCGGUGGGAAGAGUAUUCUGUCUCUGUCCACCAGAGGGUCGUUGAUAACGUUCCUUUCUUUGCAAGGCACCAAUUCCUCCCACACAGGCCAGUCCUUCUUCGUGUAAUGCUGAGCACGGUCCCUACUAUCCCACAUGCACAGAAAACAUGGGUACUUGGUGAAGCCAGACUGUUGUCCCAACAAAAAGUUCACCAUCUUCAGGUCAACACAAAUAAACUACUUAUGCUGAUCAUAACCAAUUUUCUCCAGCACAUACUUCACUGCUUCAUAGUUCUCCUUCAGUGUACUCGAGUGAGCCAGGGGUAUAGAGGCAAACUGGUUGCCGUUGUGUAGCAGAACACAUUUCAGUGAUCGCUUGCUGCUGUCAAUGAACUGUCUCCAAUCUUUGGGUUCGUACUGUGGCACUCCAAGCUUGAGCAGAAGCUGCGCAAUAUCUGCACAGUACACCAAGUCCUUCUCUUCCAAGAAAAAACGGAGGUACUCUUGAUGCCUGUUGCGGAAGAAGCUGAUGCGAGCACUGUCAGAGAGGAGGUUUUUUUCCUUCAAUCUGGAUGCCAACAGUUCAGCAGAGUCCUUUGACAAGCUGAGGUCGCGAACUAGAUCAUUCAACCCCUUUUGGGAAAAUGGAUGUGGAGGAUCAUCUUCAAGAACUACUUCUUCUUCUUCAUGUCCUUCAACACUGGAGGCAUCUUCGUCACUAAUGUCAGGAAGUUCUCCAAAGAUAGGCACUGGAAUUUCAUCACAAUGAGCUACAGGACAACGUGCUGAUUGAAGAUCACGAUUAACUUAGUUUUGAUCCCCCAACUUUAAGCUUUGCCGCACCAAUUUAUGGAAGAUUUUGAGGUUUUAUGACUUCAAACUGAUCCCUUUCGACAUAAUCACCCAGAACUAUCGGACCUGAAUACUUCUUGUCAUUAAAAUAAUCAUUUCCGAUCAAAACAAUUAUUCGACAUGGCAUUUUACCCCCACCAACUUCUUCUAAAAUGCUCCACACAAGCGUACAUGUGAACAAAAACGUAAAAAAACCGACAUGUGGCCAUAGCUCAAAAACUUGACCUGAUUGAGCAAAACCAAUGUGAUUUUUGGAUUCAGCGCAUCAGAUUCGUCCUAAAUCAAAUGAAAAAACGCAGACAACAAAUUUGUUGUUGACCAGUGUUAUCCAUUCCUCUUUAGUAAGGACUUCUUUAUCUUUCCAUUUCUGAGCAUAAAGAAUCCUAGCUGCUGUAGUUACAUACAUAAACAACUUAACCAUCCUUUUUUGGGAUUUCUAACCAUAUAAUCCCUAGCAGAAAGGCUCCAGUGUUUGUUUGCUUGUUUGUUUUUGGUAAACUCCUUUUUAUCUUUUAAAUUCCUCAUGGAGUCCCCCCGAGAGAUGGGAAAGUCUGCUUGCUCAGUUCGUGGCCUGAAAACAGAAGCACAACAUUAUACGUCUUCUAUUUAUAUACCGUAUUUUUUGCUCUAUAAGACUCACUUUUUCCAUCCUAAAAAGUAAGGAGAAAUGUGUGUGCGUCUUAUGGAGCGAAUGCAGGCUGUGCAGCUAUCCCAGAAACCAGAACAGCAAGAGGGAUUGCUGCUUUCACUGCGCAGCGAUCCCUCUUGCUGUUCUGGCUUCUGAGAUUCAGAAUAUAUUUUUUCUUGUUUUCCUCCUCCAAAAACUAGGUGCGUCUUGUGGUCUGGUGCGUCUUAUAGAGCGAAAAAUAUGGUAUAUAAAGGUUCAAGCUAACUAAUACCUUAGCAAAUAUGACCAAAGCAACUAAAAUACAUAGCUUUACAUUUACACAUUAACAAUCUUUAAUGAUCUUUAUUGCUAAGCCCAUUUCUUAUCCUUGCUAGCUUAUUUGCUGCCAUUUGCCCCUCACAGAGCUUUUGCAGUACAGUAUAUGUGGCAUAUACACGGGUGGCGCUGUGGGUAAAACCUCAGUGCCUAGGACUUGCUGAUCGUAAGGUUGGCGGUUCGAAUCCCCACAACGGGGUGAGCUCCCGUCGUUCGGUCCCAGCUCCUGCCAACCUAGCAGUUUGAAAGCACCCCUAAGUGCAAGUAGAUAAAUAGGUACCGCUUUAUAGCGGGAAGGUAAACGGCGUUUCCGUAUGCGGCGCUGGUGCUGGCUCGCCAGCUGCAGCUUCGUCACGCUGGCCACGUGACCCGGAAGUGUCUUCGGACGGCGCCAGCUCCCGGCCUCUUAAGCGAGAUGAGCGUGCAACCCUAGAGUCGGACACGACUGGCCCGUAUGGGCAGGGGUACCUUUAUAUGUGGCAUAAGAUCAACAAACCUUUGCCCAACACUGUAUUAGCAAAUGGUCAAGAGCAAACAUCCUCAGAUAUUGUCCUAAGCAAGGUCAAUCAAUACUUUCAUUGCUUCUAUUUCAAGUGUUUGCUAUUCUAGAGCCUUUAUGGAAACUUGGGGAGCAAUACAGAGGGGGGAGGGCAAGCCAUUUCCCCUCCACAUGAUUGAAAUAAAUUUGCCUGAAAUACAUGUUUUCUUCAUUGUUCCACAGAUUUAUUGUCGACAUUAAUCUUUUUUUUUUUAUUCCUUCACUGCUGGCUGAAUGCUUUUGCUGAGAUGCUGCGCUUUGCUGACAGAAUGUUCUACAAGGUAAUUGAUGUGCAAGGCUCAUGAUAUCUCUCUCUCUCUCUCUCUCUCUCACACACACACACACACGAAACACAACACGCACAGAAGUAUUUGCUAUCAGUUUUAGAGUGUACCUUGGUUCGUGGAACGCUCCAUUUGCUAGAAAUGGAGAGAGAGAGAGAGAGAGAGAGAGAGAGAGUCAUUUUGCCAUUGAUGAGGUUUCUCCUGCCUAGAGAGGCCGAUCAGAUACCAUCAGUUUUCUGGACAACCUGUUAAUACAUUCCUUUACCUCUGGUUAAAAGGGAGCCUGUGCCUUUUUUCUGUUGACAUUCCUGAUUCAAAAGCAUUUGUUGCUAUGUGUUGUGUUACUGGGCUAUUUGGAUAGAAUUUUAACCUUGCUGUGACUUUUAAACAAAUGUAAAUAGUUUUGGGUAUGGCGUCAUGGAAGAAAAGUAUGUCCACUCUAUAAAUUAUUUAGCAGAACUCACCUGCAGCCUUCUUUUAGUGUUGGCAUAUACUGGCGCCUUUAUUUUAUUUUUUUAUAUAAAAAUUUUAUUGAUUUUCACAAAAUUAUAAACAAAACAAAUAAACAAAUAAACAUGGAUCAUAAUCUUAUUAAAAUUACACUUAUUAACAUUGUUAAUUGUUUUAAAAUUAAACAUAUUGAUUCAUCACUUAACUUAUAUGAAAUCCUAAGCCAAUUAAAUAUCUGCAAGCUAUUUCUAAUGAAUUUAAUUUUAUAUAUUUAACUAAAUAAUCAUUAAAUUUUGUCCAUUCUUCCUGAUACACCUCCUCUGUCUGGUCACGGACUCUUCCAGUUAGGUCGGCUAGCUCCGAAAACUCCUCAUCUGCCAUUCUUCCAUCGUAGGUAAUUCUUGCGUUUUCACUUUUUCACUAAUAAAAUUCGAGUGGCAGUUGUGGCAUACAAAAAUAAUUUAUCAUUCCAAGAAGAAAGGCCUCUGGUUUCUUUAUAAAUGUAUAUUUCAACAUUUUUUUCCAAUUCAUUAUAAAUCUUUUCCCAGAAGUCUUUCACCUUGGGGCAGGUCCACCACAUGUGAUAAAAAGUUCCUUCUUUUUCUUUACAUUUCCAACAUAAAUUAUCACAAUUAUGAUAUAUCUUUGCUAAUUUAACAGGGGUCAAAUACCAUCUACACAUCAUUUUCAUUAUAUUCUCCUUUAACAUUGUACAUGCAGUGAACUUAACCCCUUUCUUCCACAAUCUUUCCCAAUCCUCAAACAUUAUGUUAUGUCCUACAUCUCUUGCCCAAUCUAUCAUUACUGAUUUAACUUGUUCAUCCUUUGUAUGCCACUCCAACAGUAACUUAUACAUUUUAGACAGAUUUUUUUUUCAGAUAAAUUUUUAUUAUUUUCUUUAUAUAAUCUUUUCCCAACAAUUCUAAUUAUCACAAUAUAGUCCCUUUGACAAAGUGGUAAGGACCUAACAGAAGCAGAAGACAUCAAGAAGAGGUGGCAAGAAUACACAGGAAUUAUACCAGAAAGAUAUGGAUGGCUCAGUACACCCCAGAUAGUGUGGUUGCUGACCUUGAGCAAGACAUCCUGGAGAGUGAAGUCAAAUGGGCCUUAGAAAGCACUGCAAAUAACAAGGCCAGUGGAAGUGAUGGUAUUCCAGCUGAACUACCGUAUUUUUCGUCCCAUAGGACGCACCUAGUUUUUUGGGGGGGAAAUAAAGGAAAAAUUUUUUUUCCUUUAUUUCCCCCCCAAAACCAGGAUUUCAAGAUGGCCACCAUCAGUGAGGCAGGGUGAGGCAGCUGCUCUCACCAUUUUAUAGUUUUAUGGUCCUUUUAUUGUUUUACUUUAUUGUUUUACUGCCCUAUUUUAUCAUUUCAUGGUUUUACCUCCUUGUUAUCUCGGACGCUUUUCCCACUGAGCUAGGAGGGCGACACGGCCAGAAAGGUGCCGCUGACGCCGCCGCGGCCUCCAACACCACGGCAAAGGAGCUCAGCAAAUUGGUCUCAGUUACCUGCCUACCUUGGAAGCAGUCCCGCGGAGAACCCUCCUGCAACACCCGACGGAGCUAAUGAACCGAGGUGAGAUUUUUACCAACUCGACCUUCACAAGAUAAUAAUGGUGAUGACCAGGAGUGGCUGCAGAACACCAGGCUUUUAUCGGAGUGAUCUAAGACCUCUCUCUAAAAGAGCUACCCUAAAGGGGGCUCAAAAAAAAGCACUCGACCCUUUAAGAAUAGGGGUAAAGUCAAGCCGAGUGAGAUUCAGCAGGAAACUGAAACUUCUCCCUCCUGCACUGAAGGGCCGGCUGUGCAGAGAGAGGAUUGUGUAGAAGAAUGCCACAACAAAGGGCCAAUAAAGCCCAAAGUAAAUCCAAACACAAUUGGUACAGUCACCGAAGUACUCCCAAAACAGAGACUUCAGUCCCAAGCUUCUCCUGAACCAUCCCGAGUCUGAGAAGUGGAAGAACUAAUGUUAAAACAAAUUGCAGAGAUGUCUUCGGGAAACCCUAAAACAUCAAGAGACUCCUGCUUCCAACUUGAGACAAAUGAGGAUGAGGAUUUAUCAGUUAUCAAAUGGCUUGUGCUUUUAACUGAGGAUAUCGAAAAUGUAAAAUCUCAUCUGGCCACCUGUACAAAAAUCCUCACUAUAAUGAUGGACACUUGCAAAACUCUCUGUAGGGAAUCCAGCGGGGUGACUGUAGAAUUGGAAAGUAAUAACAACUUCCUUCCUACCACCUGCAAAAACAGACCACCAAGGAAGGCCAAGAGAUCUUGUAGGGCUACUGCCUUGAAAAGGAGGCCCAUAAGGGUAAAAAAGAGCAGAAAUGUUAAAAAUUUUAAGGCAGUGCGUUACAAAAAAAUGGAUUUUAAAAGCAUUUUAACCUUCUCAAGAGUAUCCCAAUAACCGAGAACAGUGGGAACACUGAGAAACUUCUAACCAGGAAAUCUUCUAAGCAAGAACGUUCUAUAAAACCUUGCCCUGACGCUGCGAUGGAUUGCUUGGGACUCUUAACACCUACUCCAACACCUAACUCCAAGCAAGACAUUUUGAUCCAAGAUCCAUGGUCUUACAUUCUAUCUGUAGAUGAAACCAAUCCUUCUAAGAAGAGAAAUUAGACAAAUCUAACAAAUAAAAACUGGAAUCUGGUGCUGUACCGAAACAAACUCGUUUUAUCAAAUUAUCCUAAACCCCCAGGACUCCUGUCACAAGAAGAGCGUAAAGCCCAUCUAUUGAACCUCUUAAAGAUCUAUAUGCCGGGUAUACUUAAUAACCCUACUGAUUUGGCCCAAGUGGAAUAUCUAUACUUCAACGGAUUCCUUGCCAGAGCGGUGGUCUCAUUCUACGAGGGGAGACUGGCAAAACUAGUGUACAAAUGUAGAGAACACCUGGAGACGAGUGGUAUAAGAAUCUCAAGGUACUUUAAGAAUGAAGCACCUCCAAUUCCACUUAUCCCCCAUAUUGUAAAUUUGCCAAAAACUCAACAUGAGAUUGAUCAACAUGUUCUAAUUGAUAUAAACUCUGCGGAGGACAUCUCCAAACAUCCUACUGAGCUGGUUACCAAAGACCCUCAAAGGUUGGACUUCCUUGGGCCCAGGUAUGCGGAGAAUCAGGGAAUCGACCUUGAUAGCUUUGAUAAUAACUUACUCCACUCUUAUAGCGUUCUCCUGCAAGAAGUCCAGAAAGAAACACUUCAUAAAAUUGAUACCCUUUAUUUCUGCCUGACAAAAGUGACGGAGGAACAGCUGAGAUUACCUAAACAAAAUAUGCUUGAUAGAGACUGUGGUUCAGAUUCUGUCCCACGCUUAUACCACCAAGAACUGGACCUGUGGGUUGGGAAGGCACCCACCCCUACCAGCCAACUGGUUGUUGCGGAGAUGAAUCCACUCUCCCAUACUCUGGAGGCAGAAACCCCAUCACCAGACCCAUCUAUUAUGCACCCCUUCUCUAAGGCAAAUAUGACUACAACAUCUGCUUGGGACAAAAUGAGGGAACUUAACGAAUCUGAAUUAGGUUCUCCAUGUAAAGUGUCCCAUAUGGGUCCACUUGCUUGUAAUUUUAUUAACCCACUCUCUUCUAACGUGUGCAAGUUGAAUAAAUCCAUAGAUACUGUCAGGGAACUGACAUCAGAGCGGGAGGCGAAGGGGAGGCUCCUAGAUGAUGCUGGAGAAGGACCCAGCAGCAGGGGGAGAAGCAGCUCAGUGGAGGAGGAAGCAUUUAAGCGCAACACCAGGAACAAAAGUGGGCAGAUGGGGAAAUCGGAGAGAGGGCUCACGGACUCUUCACUGGAACUCAGUGAGGAGGGGACAGGUCCUCCACUACCUACGCCCACCCUGCGCAGAAGGCUCCCGCGCAGUGAGAGGCGGAGGAGACUGGGUGUCAAACAACUCUUAUGUUGGAAGAGAUUCAAGAAACGCCCACUGACGGAUUCUGCUAGUGACUGAGACAGUCAUGAUGAGAAAGGGCUGUGCAGUCAGAAAGGUUUAACAAGGCAAAUUAGCCUAGAGAGGCACCAGUUUACGCACGAGUAACUCAUACUCAUCACAGAUACCAUCGAACCGGUAACAGAACCAGCUGAACCAGACCAAGAAAUGAGAGACGACUCCAUUUUAUUUUUAGCCCCGAAGAAUGAUCUGGCCGAAGACCCGACAGGUCGUAUUAACAAAAUUAUCCAAACAACUAAUGAUCAUUCAACUAGUGGCAUGAUACCUGCUGACUUAAUUUCACUCUCUCUAAGUAAUACCCCCCUAAUUCUACUAUCUGGCUCUGAAAAGUCGACUAUCUUAGGCCAAACAUCUGCCUUUAGCGAGACGAGUGGCACGACUUUACAGCCAAACCACCCCAAUAAAUUCAAACAGUUGGGAUGUAUAGCACGAUUGCCACCUUCUCAAAGGAAAAUUACUGAUUUUUUUGAAGCUGAAGCUCCCCAAAGUUAGAAUCCCAUUCCCACAUGAUCUGACUACCUAAUGACCAACCCAACCACUCCUCGAUGUCAUUUUUAUGCUGGAAUAUUGCGGGAUGGAGGGGGAAGAAAUCUGAUCCAGACUUCUUAAAAUUUGUUAAUUUAUUUCAAGUAAUUCUCCUACAAGAAACUUGGGAAGAGGAGGCGAUUGACAUAAAUGGAUACGAUACCAUUUGGCUUCCAGCUAGCCCCUCUCUUAAAGGUGGACGCCCUAGGGGAGGUUUGGUAAUAGCCAUUUCCCUCAAAUUGCAAGCAAAACUUACACUUGUUAAAUCUUCCUUUCCUUACGCGAUUACAGGACUGAUUUCAGGAGGGAAAUUUGAAUUACUGGUAACAAAUGUUUAUUUCCUCCCUGGGGGGCAGGUAGUGGACCUCCAUUCCAAAUGGGAAACACUUGAAGAACACCUAGCUUUUUGUUAUACUAAGUUCCCAAAUAUCUCAGCAGUCAUGGGAGGUGAUUUUAAUGCUCGUACAGCUGCAAACUGGGAAGCGCUAGGCAAGGCCAAAUGGUGGGUCAUACCUGAUCACCAGAACUCGGAUCUCUCCCCACAUAUACAGAGAAAAUCGAAAGAUAAUAGGGUUAACGAAGCGGGAACCCUUCUGUAUCAGCUGAUUUUACGUUUGAAUUUGAUAAUUUUAAACAGAAAUUGUCCCCCGGAUAUUCCGGGUGAGUUUACUCAUUUGAGCACACUUACAAAUAGUGUUCUCGACUAUUUUAUUGUUUUGAGAGAUUUAUUCCCAAAUUUUUCUUAUUUUAAAAUAGAAAACGUCCAAAUGAGUGACCAUCUCCCCUUGAGUGCCAAGCUUUCCCUAGACUGGCAGUCUAUCAAGCCUAGACACCCCAUAAAUAUGGGAAUAAAUACUGCAGAACAAGUGAGAGGAAUAAAAUGGUCAGUAACUCAAGCCCAAAAAUAUAUGGAAUUCUUCCAACAAGAGAAAAUUCAAACUCAUGUUGUUUUAGAUUUAGAUCUGUAUGGGCAUGAACGAAUUAUUAAUUCAUUCUCUUUGCUUACAGAAGAUCUUAUGUCCUUUUUUGCAGUACCAGCCACCCAAGUAAAUCGGGCCCAUUUUAAGACCGGUGCCCCCUGGUUUAAUUUAAAAUGCAAACAAGCUAGACGACAUCUCUGUGCCAUUUACAAUGAAUAUAAAUCCUCUGGUGCCUUAGUAUUACCAAGGAGUUACCAGCAAGCAAAAACAGCAUAUAAGCAAGCCCAGAGAAUGGCUAAGCAAGAGGGGCAACAUAAUCGCUGGCAGGCGCUAAUAGUCGCCUCUAGUUCAUGUAACUCACGGCAAUUUUGGCAACUGGUUAAUAGAAGAUCAAGGAGAUAUCCCUUAACAGUAAUUCCUGCCCCGGUCUGGGAAUCCUUUUUAAGGAAAUAUUUUGCGUCACCAGAUUCCAAUACCAACGCUCUUGAUGAUGUAUUUGACCAUCUCCCCAUCUGGCCUCCUACAGACCCCAAUGAAAUCUUGAAUUUAAUCUCUAAACUUAAAAUCGGCAAAGCCCCUGGGCCAGAUUUGGUCCCGGCGGAAGCCAUAAAACUACAUUCCAACUGGUGGGCAAAAAUGCUGGCUGUUACUUUCGAUGCUAUUAAUACAACUGGAAGGGUGCCAAAAAUAUGGAAGGACGCUAUUAUAAUUCCAAUAUAUAAAAAAGGCUCCCCAGACGAUCCGGAGAAUUAUAGGAAUAUUAGUUUACUGUCAAUAGUUGGAAAGAUAUACGCACGCUUUCUGCUGAAUAGACUUAUCCAAUGGACUGAAGAAAAGAAACUGAUAGGCCCCGAGCAAGCAGGAUUCAGACCGAACCAGUCAACUACGGACCAUGUUUUAGUCUUGCACCAUCUAGCCCGGAAAUACUCCUCUUCAAACCGGGGCCAACUUUGUGCGGCUUUUAUCGACCUUAAGGCUGCAUUUGACAGCAUCCCCAGAAGGUUGCUCUGGGAAAAGUUGACCCGAUGGGGAAUUGAUAGAAGACUUUUAUGGUUAAUAAUCCAGCUGCAUGAGGGGUCGGCUGCUAGGGUGAGAAUAACCCCAGCCGGUGAUCUCACAAACUCUGUGCCCAUCAACAGAGGAGUCCGGCAAGGAUGUAUCCUAGCUCCUUUUCUUUUCAAUUUAUUCAUUAGUGACAGGAGGAUACCACUGGCUGAAUCUCAGGAAAUCACCCAUGCCCCCCGUCUUGCAAACUAUUGUUGCCCACUAUUACUCUAUGCUGAUGAUGCUGUGAUUUUAUCCUUCUCAAGAAUUGGCCUCAGGAGAGCAUUAAAAUUCUUUGUUUCAUAUUGUAAAACAAAUUCCCUCACUAUAAAUCAAUCUAAAUCAAAAGUAUUAAUCUUCUCAAAAAGUCGGAAAUCCUAUAAGUGGCAAUUAGACGGAAAACCUAUUGAACAGGUCUAUAAAUUUCAAUACCUGGGAGUCUUUCUUCAAUAUAAUCUGGGUUGGAAGUCCCAUAUUGCACAUAUUUUAAACAAGGCCAAGGCCCUAUCCUUUGCGCUUUUGCGCUUUUUUUUUUCGGACGGGGCUCUUCAUGUUCCAUCUGCCCUGAAAGUAUUCAAAGCUAAAGUAAUUGCAACAUUGGCAUAUGCUGUUCCUUUAUGGGGACCGCAGUAAACUUGAUGCCCUUGGAGGUAAUUCAAAAUCAGUUUCUAAGACGACUGCUAAAACUUCCCCAGUGCGUUAGUAACGCAGCUAUUCGCUUAGAAUUAAAAACUACAUCUUUAGAAAAUACUCUUUGGAGGCGCAGCCUUUGUUACUGGUUUUCCUUAAGGCAUAGGCUCCCGAAUCUGUAUUUGAUCCAAUGCCUCUGGAGAGAUAAUUUUCCUGUCCUAGGGGCAAAAGAGAUUCAUUCUAAAGUAGUGACCUAUGGAUUGUCUCCAUCAGAAUUAUUGGAAUUGGACCUAGCCACAGUAAAAAAAAUCCUCACUCAAAAACUUGAGGAGAUUGACCUACAACAAAACAUCAUUUCGGGUAGUGGCACUUGCUCACCAUUAAAUCUUGGCAUAGUGCCCUCACAGCAGAUACCAUCUUAUUUGACCUCUUUGUCUGUAGCGGCCCACAGAUAUGCCUUUAUUAAGGCAAGAUUUAAUGUCUUUCCUUCCAAUGUCUUGAAUAAUAGAUUUUCCAAUGGUCGGAUCUCAGCAGUGUGUGUAUGCGAUAAUAGAUCUAUAGAAUCUUUACAACAUAUACUAUUCUGUUGUUCACUACAUUCAGUUUCUCGGAUCAGAUUUUUGUUCCCUUUAUUAUUGGAAAUCUCAGGUGACUCCUUGGAAACACAGCUAAUUCAUUUAUUGCAAGAUUCAGAUCCGAGUAGGUCCCUUUCUGUUGCCAGAUUUCUGAUAACAGUAUUAGCCUAUAAAAGGAAAAAUGGAUUACUCUAUGAUUAUUGAUUUUGCCUAAAAAAUAUUGAUUUAUACUGAUAAUUUGAUAUUUUAAGUGCUAUAUUGUUCUUAUUUUAAUGGAAUUUAGAAACUUACGGUCUGAGAUGUACUUGAUUUAAACGUAAUUUAAUUGAUUAAUUUUAUCUUGUUAUACCUGUGUUGCUGUAUGAUGUAUUGAAUAUGGGCCUAUGGCCGUAAUAAACUAUCUAUCUCUCCCCCCCAAAACCAGGUCGGGGAAACCGAACCAGGUCGAGGAACAGCGGGAUGGCGGCGCUGCGCCUCCCUGCUGUCCCCCGAGCUUGUGGGGCUGGCCGAUGUCUGCCCGGCGCGCGGGGUGCUCUGCUUCAGCGCGCCUUGCCCGCCGGGCGGCAGGCUGCUAUCCGCAGCGUGGGGAGCCCUGCGGGGAACUCCUGCAGGGCUCCCCACGCUGCGGAUGUCUGCCCGGCGCGAGGGGCGCUCUGCUUCAGGGCGUUCCUCACGCCGGGCAGCAAGCUGCUAUCCGCAGCGUGGGGAGCCCUGCGGGGAACUCCUGCAGGGCUCCCCACGGUUCAGAUGUCUGCCCGGCGCGAGGGGCGCUCUGCUUCAGGGCGCCCGUCGCUCUGGGCGGCAGGCUGCGGAUGUGUUCCCGAAGCCUGGAGAGCGAGAGGGUCGGUGCGCACCGACCCCUCUCGCUCUCCAGGCUUCAGCGAAAGCCUGCAUUCGCCCCAUAGGACGCACCCAGAUUUCCCCUUCAUUUUUGGAGGGGGAAAAGUGCGUCCUAUAGGGCGAAAAAUACGGUAUUUAAAAUUUUAAAAGAUGAUGCUGUUAAGGUGCUACACUCAAUAUGCCAGCAAGUUUGGAAAACUCAGCAGUGGCCAGAGGACUGGAGAAGAUCAGUCUACAUCCCAAUCCCAAAGAAGGGCAGUGCCAAAGAAUGCUCCAACAUAUAUAUACAUGUUGUUAAAUAAAUGAAUAAUUCCAAGGGAUCAUACAAAUGUGUGUUCUGAUCCUGCUGCUGCUUCCACUUGGGGCCAUUAAUGAUUAGUUUGAGCAGUUUAGAGGACAGUGAUAGAAAAGGCCUCUCAAUUUCAACUACCUUCUAUAUUUCUCUUUUCUGAAUGUGGUUUGCAGGUUACCCCCCCCCCACAUUGAAUUAGUGUUCAUGUAGAGAAAAUGUCACAUUUGAUUUAGCUCUGAUCAUUUUGGAUCUGAGCCUUGGAGACCUAGUGUAGCUACAAAUACUGGGACACCAGUGACUUAUUCUCCGGGUGGCUGUUUGGGAAGGAGGAGGUUAGGAUUUAAUGCCUGCAAAUGAGCUCUUGGGGAAUUUCAGUUAUACAUUGCAACAGUACACCAGAUGUUCAUAGAGAUUGUAUUGCCAAUUGCUCUGUCACGGCUAAAAAUUGGCCGCUGUUUCUUUAAUGCUUAAAAAGCUGGGUCAGCAUGAGUCAGCGGCCUGCACCGAGUUGUAUAUAGAGAGUGAGAAAUGUUCGUUUGGUGUUGGGUUGAUUGGUUGGUUAGUGAAAGCUGGUAGUGUUGAUGGGUGUACAGUUGGUCAGUCGCUUACUGUCUGUAAGCUGUUUGAUUAAAGCAGGGUAUAGUGUUAAGUUCACGCAGGAUGGUUUUCUGAUAAAGAAUGGAACUCAGGUAUGUGGCCACGCAAAGAUGGAAAAUGGGUUAUAUGUAAUGCAGGACAAGCCUGUUAAAGCAGCCCAGGUGGUUCAGGAUAAUUUGCCAGUUCAUAAGGGGUGUGUACAUGAACUGCACUGGAAACUGGGUCACACAAAUUUCCGUGUGCUUUCAGAGAUGCAAAAGGUGUGCAAGAACCUAAGAGUAAAUAACUGUAACUGUUUCCUAGAUUGCAAUGUAUGUAAAAUGGCCAAAUCUAAGAAGAAGCCUGUGGCUUCUAAAAGUGACAGAGUAUCUAAACAGGUUUUAGAACUUGUCCAUUGUGACGUGAUAGGUCCUUUUCCACAGAAGACUGAAGGGUUUAUAAAAGGAAAACCCUUGCAUCUGGGGAACCACAUUUUCGAGCCAGAUUAGUAGCCAGAGGGUUCACUCAGAUUAAAGGGGAGAGUUAUGAUGAAGUGUUUUCUCCCACUGUAAAGAGUGAAACUUUUCGUUUAAUGCUUUCCAUUGCUGCUGUAAGACAACUAGCAGUGCACCAUUUUGAUGUUGAUGCUGCAUAUCUGCAUGCAAAUUUAGACCAUGAAGUGUUAAUGAGACAACCCCCUGGGUUUGAAGAGGGGAGUGGUGCAGUCUGGUGUUUGAAAAAGGCUGUCUAUUGUCUCAAACAAAGUGGAAGGUGUUGGAACCAGUGUUUAAAUGAAGCCCUUGUAAAACUUGGUUUUAAAAGGAGUGUGGCUGAUCCAUGCCUGUACACCAGGGGGACAGGCAACAAAUAUCUAAUGCUCUUAGUCUUUGUUAAUGAUUUGCUUGUAGCAGGGAGUUCCACAGAUGAAAUCCAGAAGCUCACACGUCAACUGGAAAAGAGGUUUAAGCUUAAAGCCUUAGGGCCUGUAAGCAAUUACUUGGGAGUAGAAGUAAGGCAGGAAGCUGAUGGAAGCUUUCUAUUGAGCCAGAAAGAGAAAAUUCUUCAUUUGAUAGAGCAGUUUGGCAUGGAAAACUGCAAGCCAGUUCAGACUCCCAUGACACCAGAUUUCCCAAAGACAGUGUGUGAUGAUGAAUUUGAUCAGCCUGAGUUGUAUCACUCAAAAAUAGGAUCACUGUUGUAUUUAAGCCAGUGGUCAAGGCCAGACAUUGCAUGUGCUACAAAUGUUCUGAGCCAACAUGUAUCUAAACCCAGUACUGCCGAUUGGUGUGCUUUGAAAAGGCUUAUCAGACAUCUAAAGGGGACAUUAAAUGUAUGUUUGAAGAUAUCUAGUACACAAGACGAAAAACUAGAAGUAUCUGUUGAUGCGGACUGGGGAAGCUGUGUAACUAUUAGAAAAUCUACAAGUGGAAUGGUUAUGAUGUUUGCCAAUUCCAUAAUUGGAUGGAGGUAAAAGAAACAAGGAUUUGUUGCGACCUCAUCCUGUGAGGCAGAAUAUGGGAGCCUGUCACUAGCAUGCAAUGAAAUCAUGUGGUUUAUACAGAUACUAAAAGAUCUAGAUUGUAAAGUAGAUUUGCCUAUCCAAGUGUAUGAAGAUAGCCAAUCGUGCAUUGCAUUAGCAGGCUCAGAAAUAAUGAAAUCCACAUCAACACAUAUUGCUAUCCGUCAUGGAAAUGUUAGAGAUUGUGUACAGAAUGUGUUAAUCAAACUGAAGUAUUGUCAAUCACAACAUAAUAUUGCUGAUUUAUUUACCAAGCCUUUACCAGCAACAUGUCAUAAUGAAUUGAUGACAAAACUGGGUUUAUGUAUAUAAUGUAUGUAUGUAUUGUUUCUGUUGGGGUUUUUUGCAUUUAAGAAACAGAAGGGGUGUCACGGCUAAAAAUUGGCCGCUGUUUCUUUAAUGCUUAAAAAGCUGGGUCAGCAUGAGUCAGCGGCCUGCACCGAGUUGUAUAUAGAGAGUGAGAAAUGUUAGUUUGGUGUUGGGUUGGUUGGUUGGUUGGUUGGUUGGUUGGUUAGUUAGUUAGUUAGUGAAAGCUGGUAGUGUUGAUGUGUGUACAGUUGGUCAGUCGCUUUUGCAGAAAGACUUUUAAGAAUAAAAGCAGAAAGCACUCUGCAAGGAUACUUUUCUCGUGGACUCUUUUAUGCCGACAAGGGUCCGAGGACCAGGCUGAGGCAACAAAGGGAGGUCAGAACCUUGUUUUGCUUUUUACAAACACUGACAUGCUCUAAAACACUUGAGUAGCAGGAAUGCACUUGGGCACUUUGAUCCUGCAGUUUUAAACACUGACUCUAAGGUCUCUGCUCUUUUUACUUCCCUGAUCCUCUCUUGCAGGACUGGUGGAAUUCUACAUCUUAUGCAAGGUAUUUCCGAACCUGGAAUGUGGUGGUGCAUGAGUGGCUGUAUUACUAUGCAUACAGAGAUGUCCUUUGGGUAAGCAACCAUCUUUUAAUGCACCCCCUUGCUUCAGCUCUAAAAGAAAGCCAUUUUUUAAAUGGAAUGGCAGAGAUCUUUCUAUUUCCCCCACAAAAUGAUUUUAUUAAAGUUCUAAUGUAAAGGUGAAUUACACAACAUGUAAAAUACCUAGUCACUUUACCCAUACAGAGAUCUGACAGAAGGUGGAAAGAGAGAAGCUUGUACUUAUGCAGUCUGGUUUGUAUCCAGUAUUUGGGAAGUCACUUUUUUUUUACCAGUCUACCACCAAUUUCACCGCUCUAUGCCAUAUCCCACACUGUUCCAGCUCUCACGUUAAGUAUUUGUGGGGCUCCAUUGAGUAGGAUGGAUCAGCAAAAAUGAGCUGCCUGCCUUGUGCAAGUAGAAGUCCUUUUGACAGAGCAAGGCCACCACUGGAGACAACCCUCCCUGUGCAAUAAAUGUGAAUGGGCAAUUUAAGGGUGGUUAUCACAAGCUGUUCGCUGUUGUUUUUGAAAAUUGGAUCUCCUCUGAUACAUUCACCUAUCAGAGAGUCACCCUUCCCCUUGUUUGUCUGUGUCUCUCUCUCACCACCAGUUAUUUGGGAAGAAAUUCAAAGCAGUCGCUAUGCUGUCAGUCUUCACUCUUUCUGCUGUUGUGCAUGAAUACAUCCUGGCGAUGAGCUUAGGUUUCUUCUAUCCAGUACUGUUCUUCUUCUACAUGGGUUUUGGAAGUAAGUACCAAAUAUAACGGGAUGCGGGUGGCGCUGUGGUCUAAAUCACACAGCCUAGGGCUUACUGAUCAGAAGGUCGGCAGUUCGCAUCCCCGUGACGGGGUGAGCUCCCAUUGCUUGGUCCCUGCUCCUGCCAACCUAGCCGUUCGAAAACACACCAAACUGCAAGUAGAUAAAUAGGUAAGGUAAACGGCGUUUCCGUGCACUGCUCUGGUUCGCCAGAAGCGGCUUAGUCAUGCUGGCCACAUGACCCGGAAGCUGUACGCCGGCUCCCUCGGCCUAUAGAGCAGGAUGAGCACGCAACCCCAGAGUCGUCUGUGACUGGACCUAACAGUCUGGGGUCCCUUUAGUUUACCUUACCAAAUAUACCUCCCGGCAGCAGCAGUUUCUGUAAAUUCUGAGGAUUAGCUUUUAGUUGCCAUCUGUACUUAAUGUUCUAAGAUGCAAGGGGCUUGUGUUGCAGCCUGCCUUACCAUUUGCUCCCUCUAAACCUAGAAGCCUCUCCUGACCCUAGUUAAAUCUCCAUUUUCUGAGACUGAUCAUGGCCAGAGUAGGAGAGAGGGCUUCCUUGGCUUGGCUGAGGAAGAAGUUCUGAUAAUGCUCCAAACUGUAAUAUGCGGCUUUCUCAAAGACUUCUGAGAUGAUCCUUGCUUUGGAGGUGUAAUAAAUAUAGGGGUUGCUCGUGCGUAAGUUGCCGCCACUCCUGGCUAGGUUGCCUUGUUAAACCUUUUCUGUCUGGACAGCCCUUCACUUCGUGGCUGUUUCAGUCGCUAGCAGAAUCCGUCAAUGGGCGUUUCUUAAACCUUUUCCAGCAUAAAAGCUGUUUGACGCCAAGUCUCCUCCUACUCUCCCUGCGCGGAAGUCUUCUGCGCAGGGAGGGUGUGGGUAGCGGAGGACCCGUGCUCUCCCCGCUGGUCUCCGGCGAGGAGUCCUGGAGCCCCCUCGCCGAUUCCCCCAUCUCCCUGGUGUUACGCUGAUUUCCUUCCCCAGCUGAUGAGCUGCCUCUCUCCCGGCUGGGCCCUUCUCCAGCAUCGCUUGGGAGCCUUGCCUCCGCCUCUAGCUCCGAUGUCAGUUCCCUGACAGGAGGUCUUCAGCUCGCAACCUGAAAAGAGGUGCCCUUUCCCCCUGCUUGACACUGGCAGUAUCAACCAUCUGUCAUGGUGGACAAGUAUUUCUCCUAUCAUAUAGCCAACUUUGUUUCAUGUGAGUAGGUGGCCCACUGAUUUUUCUGUGUGAUUUAAAGGGAAAGCCCUGUCUCUUUUCCACUGAAACGCCAAAAAACCGUUGAGAGCCAUUUAUUUCUAUGGAAAGAGGUACAACGUGUCAUAGUGAUACGGACACUUUGCUAACUGGGGAUCAAGGAAAGAAUGCUGCUGGUGUCCUUAACAGGAAUUUUGAGUGCAUUUUAAUUUUCUUCCGUCAGCGCUUUUCAACUUCAUUCUCAGCGACCGUCGGAAAGGCCCCAUUUGGAAUGUGAUCCUGUGGCUUACGCUUGGGCUUGGUACAACUAUGAUACAUUACCUCUACAGCCUGGAAUGGAACGCCCAUCAGCACUGCCCUUUGAAAAAUGUGAGUAUCCCACUUGUCAUCGGAAAUAAGAGGAACAGAGCUGAGCUGCUAUUCUGGACUUCAUUCAAGGCCUAAGAUGUGAACGUAAAAUUCGAAAACCAGAUUUUUAGAAGGUUGCAUUCUGCCCAGAAUAGCUACCGUAGAGGUUUCUUUCUAACAAGAAUAACAAGCAGCAGGGUCAGAAAAAAAACACCUUUGAAACUUCCUCCAUGUCUUUUUAUAUGAAUAAUGUAAAGCUCUGAGUGAGUUUCUGCCCUUCUGGAGAGGAUGGAAGGGGGCAGUAAAGAAGGGAGGGAGAGGAAGGUAAUGGAAAAGAGUGAAAGGCCUUAGUGGAGCACCGUGGUUUCUUUAUUCUACUUGGUGUGUUCUCUGAUUCAGCUGCCACCUUUGGAUCUCCUGGGUUCAAACAGAGAGAAUUCACUACAUCUUUGCCGCAUUUAAUAUGCGGUGCCCACUACCUUUCCUUAUUUAAUAUGUAGUGCCAGAUCAGCCCACAUGCAUAUGCAUAACCCCCUGGGGCUGGUUCUUGGACUGUCGAGGCCUCAUAGUAGCUGGAGCCAAGUAGGAUUGUAGUUUCAGGAUUACAGACAGCAGUUCUGCUUGACCUGGAAGAUCUGCCAUUCCGAGAGUUAAAGCGUCUGGGUGAAGCUGACCCAAAGAAAAGCCAAUUUGGGGGGUCUUACAGGGAAAGGCAAGCCUUCACACACACACACACACACCUGCACCCCACUUCUAAUUGCCUAGAUUGGCUACUGCAAGUUGGGUGGCCGCCCAGGCUUGAGAGACAGCAAAGUAAAACACUUUGGUUUCAUCACUGGCAUUUGUUCACAUGGCUAACGGAUAACUCUACAGAAGUGAAAGUGCCCAGCAUUUCCUGCCUAACAUUACUGUUCCUCUUGUGUUUUAUAGCCUACUUUUCUUGACUAUGUGAAACCGCGUUCCUGGACUUGCAAUCUUAAGGUCUGACACCCUUUGGGAUAUCCCUCCGCGUCAAGGCCAGAAGAUGCUUGUCUUUUAAACAAUGACAACAAGUUGGGCUAGCGUGUUAAAAUGACUGCAGACUUUUUAAAGGGAAACUGUCUUUAGCUAUGGCAAAAGUGGGUGGUGUCUGCUACUAAGGGCUGUAUCAUUCCCAUUUUAACCAGAACCAGUGUCUUCAGGGGUUCCUGCUCUCUAGCUAAGGACACAAGUGGACCUGAUGCUGUUUAUGCAAUUAGUUCUUAUGAAAAUAAAUGGCAUCUGUCGAGCCCCAAUGUGGAUUGGAAUUGAGGCAUAGGGCUGGGAAGCUUUAACAAUAGGCUCCCAGUUUUGAUCAGGGGGAUCCCCACAGUGCUAUGUGGAUUAAAUUUUUAUAAGCAGCAAAAUGCUGCCUUUUGCUACAUGUCCAGUUUAAGUUUCUUGCAUUCCUCACUUAGGAUUACUGCAGCGAUUUGGAGGGCAAAUGCAGUUUGUGUUGAAGAACCUAGAGAGUGUGUUGGCUUGAAAUGAUCAUGUUGCUCCACUGAAAACGCUGGUUUACUUUGUGAGACAGCCUUGGGUGGGUGGUGUGCUUAGAGCUACAGAAGGAGGGACUGUCUCAUUGUGAAAAACAAUACCCCUAUAUUGCUGACUGCUCACUGUGUAGUCUAUAAUCUGGAGCUUUUCUCUCAGCCGCCCUAAAGUACAUUUCUGACAUGUUCUAAGAGUGCAAAGGAGUGGCGGGGGGGGGGCUAUAUAAUAGCGUAGGCACAUAGGGGAAAUGCAAGUUUUUUGUGUUCUUGAGCUGCUGUCCUUUGUAUUGUCCUAAAUUUGGUGCCCUAGUAAAUUCUAGGUGCUGGCAGCUUUUCUCAUGUCAUCUAACUGCAGCAAAAAAUAAAAAGAAACUUAAUUCUGAUUUAUACUGCAGAAAACAGCUUAUGUGAUAAGUGUGCUAAUUUUAAUCAGUACUUUGAUAUGACCCAAGUGUAUUGCCAUUUAGCUAAGCCAUGUGUUCCAUGUUUAUUUGACUAAGGUGGGUGUGCCAUUGAUAAUUUUUGUGGAUUUUGGGGGAAGUGCCACCUGGAUUGAAUAUUAUGAACAGUAGUUUCAAGAUGCCAAACAUCAAGUACAGUAUUUAAUCUAGUUCAAAACUUUAAAAAUUCACUGAAACAGUAUCCACUUUUGGAGAAAGAUGAGGAAAUACGAGCAUCUGAAUUUGGAUCAACAUCCUGUGUAAGCUCUGAAGGAGUCUGAUAAGUACCCUUAACAAACACACUGUUUUUAGAGGCUACUCACUUGCAGGUUCUAGAUAGAAGUGUGAGAGAGAUUUCUGUUCCUAGAACAUUACAAACUAUAUGUGCAGAUUGUAGUAUUGCUAAAUCAGUGUUAACAUGGUAGACUCAUCCAUUCCAAAAAGCUUUUUGCUUUUGUUUUUAAAUUGUCUAUGAUGGCACUGUAAUUGUCAUUAUAAGAUGGCCGGGAUCCACCCAAAGAAUUUUCAUCGCAUUGUGUCCUUUUCUGCUGUUUGUUUAAAGAGAACCCCCCCUCCCCACAAACCUCCAUCUUCAGAAUAUAAUUUGAGAAUUUUAUCAAAUAAAUCCUGUUGUCUUUGGGAAAUACGUGUACUUUUUUCUAAGGGGGACGUGUGGGAAGAUCAGUAUACUAAUUGUAAUCAACCUCAUGCUUUGGGACUGAAUCUGUGAAUGUAAACUGAAUGGGUACAACAUGGUUGCAAAUCUCUUGCGAAUGAUCUACACAACUGCUUGUAACAAGGCAUCCUGUUAACCUGGAAGGUGCUGGAUUGCAAGGCUGUAGUUUUCCUCUUUCUCAGAGUGAGCAAUGGAAAAAUUUUCUUGCACAGAUGGUGGUGAGAAGAGGACAAACUGUACCUGACACUGAAAUGGUCUUCCCAAGCCUCACUUGCAUCUUUUGUAAUAUGGAGAACAUUGUGGGUCAGGGAAGGUUGUUGAUGGUGGGAUAUAGAAUUGUUAGCUGAUUCCAAAAUGUAUCAAACUGUCUGUUGUGACCUAUUCUGUUACUUGCAAGGGAUUAUGUGAUCUACACUGUACUACAGAAAUUGAAAUAUAUUUUGCUAUCCAUGAAA